CUUUUCUAGGUGUGGACACCCGUGCUCUCACAAAGAAGAUCCGAGAGAAGGGCACCAUGCUUGGGAAGCUCAUUCCGGAGGGUAUGGAAGAAAGUCAGAUCCCGUAUGUGGAUCCUGGGAAGCAGAAUCUGGUGCAGGAAGUGUCCGUGAAGGUGCGUGAAUGUCUCAUGAACAGGUUGUCAGCUCAGGCAGUGGUGGACAAACCAUGUGUUAUGCACAGAUGGCCUGCCUGGCUUGUGAUGGCACUCUUGGCAUGGUGGUUGUCAUAAAGAAGAAAUAAUGGGUGGCUUAUGUGAUUUAGAUUUUUAUUUUUUUGCUCAGUGCUUAUUGAUCUGUGCAGGGAAUAGAUUUAAUGUCCUUAACCCACAGGAGCUGCUUGUAUUAUUCUAGAUAUAGAACCUUUUAAUACGUUUCUCACAUGUUCGCUUGUUAAUGUACUAUGCCUGAUGGACACUUUAAUCCUAUAUUGUCAUAUUUGUGUAUUUACAGGACCCCCGUGUGUUCAAUGCUGGAGCUUCAGUAAAGAUUGCUGUGUUGGACUGUGGUCUGAAGUACAACCAGAUUCGCUGCUUGUGUCAGAGGGGGGCUGAGGUGACAGUGCUUCCCUGGGACCAUGCUCUGGACCCUGCAGGUCUCUCUAAAUAUUCCCCCAUAUCCGUUGUUUUUACUGCAUUCUAUCCACAGAGCACAGAGAAUCGAUGUGAGGAACUCUCUAAACUUCCAAUGGAAGCCAACGCAUGUCCUGUGUACUCGUUAAAUCACAAAAGGCUGGUCUUUAACGAGCUUACUCUUGCUUGUUGUGUCCCAUUAGAGGCACACGCUAAGCACCAAAACUACUACAUCUGAGUGUUGUUGACUUGGUGCAAAAACAAUGUCCUGCAGCCUGACAAAUGUAAACGUUGCCGUUUAAGAGAAAAGCCAAUUCCUAAAGACCUUCUGGAAACAAGCCCAUGGUGAUGUCACUAGAUAUUGAAAGUUCUGCUCUUUGCAGCACAUGUACAAUAAGUGCCCAAUGAUUCUAAGAGAAGCAUUGCACUGGCCUCAUAUCAGAAUGUUGAUCUCACAGUGGGUGGUGCGUCUGCCAUGAGACAGAUGGCAUUGGAUCAAAAGGGAGUCUUAAUUUCCCGAUGGGGUUCUGACUCUAAAUGUUAAACACACCAAGCACCAGUUCCCUGGCACCCUGUAAAAGUAGUCAGGCCAUCUAAGAAUGGUUUGACAAGGUACCUGGGGUUCACAGGGUGCAGUUCUCCUCCUCCUUCUCCUCUGCAGCCCAGAAUUCUCCUGCAUUGAGCUAAGUCUGGCGUUACAGGGAGGCUAGCAAUGGCUGAGAGCACCUACCUGACUCCAGCACUAUACAGCUAACAGAAGCUUCUCUCAGGAGGUUGACAGCAGGUACGUUUUCAAACACUUACAGCUGGAAGGUUCUAAGACACUCCUGGCACCAUAACCACUGGAGCUGGCUUUUGGAGUGUUCUUUUGAUAGUAAAAACUUUUACUUCUAUAAAUAUAUAAUUUUCCUUUAACUUAUUGGCUGAUGAGAAAAGUCUUAAUUUUGAUCUAUUUCUGGUUUUAUUUAAAACUUUUGUUCAUAUUUUCUCAUCUGCCGUCUGUAACCUCUUACUUUGUUUUGUCAGGAUUCGAUGGGCUGUUUAUCAGUAACGGACCUGGGGACCCUGUAUUCUGCCAACAGUCCAUACACAACAUUAAACAAUUCCUUGCCGGAGACAGUCCUAAACCCCUGUUUGGAAUCUGUUUGGGGCAUCAGAUCCUCUCGCUGGUUAUUGGGGCGAAGACUUUCAAGAUGAAGUAAGUCACAAAUCUUUAUCAGAAAAAAUGCUUUCAUUUAUCUAAACCUAUGUUUAGACACAAUUCAUGCAAGAGUCACAGGUUUGAGGUGAGAAUAAAGUGAGUUUGAAAUUUAAGGCCCAUAUAGUCUGUAACGGCUACCCAGCUCGGAAGGGGUACCUGCCGUUGGAGACGUCCUUUUCUAGGCAAGCUGCUGUGAAGUAAUGGAGUUCUUAUUCCCAUCCAUGAUAUCCAAGAGUACAAUCAGGCAUCGCUGUAAAAUGAGGCAGAGUAACGGUACCAUAAAUCCCCUCCAAGAACGAGACGAGGCUACGAUUUGAAGGGUCAAGUAGAACUGAUGUUUAUUGACAGGGGUCUCCUUUUAUGCAAUGGUGCCCUGGAAAAGGCUACACCCACAUAAUUAAUACAGCAACCAAUUAUACACAUGGUACAACCCCCACGUCUCCUCCCCUCAGAUAAACCUGUAACAUAAUUAAAACAGACACAAUUUUAACCACAUUCUGGAUGUACCCCCAAAACAGAGGGUACACCUUUAAAUCGCUUGAUAGCUCUAAUUUAGGGGAACAACAUAUCAAAAUUCCAGCUCAUUUGGUUGAGGGGUUCGGGAGUUAUGGGUCUUUGAAGUUUUGACCGACCGCACAGAUUCUCUAGCCGAAAAGAGUUCCAUAAGUUUUGGCCUUGCGGUCGGUCUCCGUUCAUGCAUUAAAACCCACGAACCCCUUGCCAUCCACAGUCAUCCUGGUGUUCGCUGGAAUCCCUAUGAGAGCUUAAACAAAACUACAGAACAGCCGGUUGUACGGUAGUUCCAGCACGAACUUACGAGCUCCUGGAGGUCUCAGCGGUGUUCGCCUGUUUGCGUAUCCGAUUUUAGUUCCAUGCGUUCACAGGCAAACACCGCUGUUCGUGCGUAAGAUGGCCGCGAACACGUGUAAGGUCCCGAAAUGGCGGCCAUCUAACCUGAGCACAAAGGAUUCGUGUGAAACCAUACGAACGGCUCCAAAAGCGCUGGGAGGUAAAAUACCACUUAACUGUGCCCCUGGGUGGUCCGAUGUUCGGUAGUUUGAGCUGCAUUCUCCGGUAAUGGUAUCUCCCAUGAAAUAGUUAUUCGGUUUUUAAUAAAUCCAACUGUAUUGAUAAAUAAGUCCAGGCACAAGCAUAGUUCUGUUACAUAGUCAAACAAGAAAAUCCUUAAAUCCAAGGUGCAACCCAUUCUACUGUUUGUCCUGAAAUUCGGGAUCCACUUUGUAUCCCCAGAAAAUGUCACUAUUCGUGAGUAUUCUGGUCAGAGUAUAGUGAUAGCAUGUGUGUAUAUGAGUAAAGUUCAGAAACAAGCUGAUAAUCUAAUGAAAUGGUGAUCUCUAAAUACUUCUGUAGUAUAUUCGUUAUAUUAACGUGUCAUGGCCAUCUUGGUUUUCUGUGUCGUUGUCCUACAAAACCUAGACUGUAGUCUAUUCACACAUCGGUGAGUUACUGCUGUUGAAAUAGUCCUGACGUGUGUGCUUGGAUUAUGACCUUGGCACGGUUUACUGAUAUUAACUCUCCUUAGUUUACAAGGUUUGUUGGCAAACUCUCCUUGUGGCGUCACUAAACGUAGCGGGAGUGCAUUUCGCAAUGUUAUCAUUUAAUCUCUGUCCAAUCUGUAAUAUGCGAACCAUGCUUGCUAAAUCAGAAGCCUCUUCUACAUCUUUUAUAUUGCGUGAAAGGUUUAGGAUAGUGCUGGUGUAAGUGUUAAAGUAGUCUAGGGGUUAAUAUGCACGGGUCGAACCACCUGAUUUACCAUCCAAAAAUGCUGCCUCUGGAUAUACUAACUGUACCCGCCACCAGGGCGCAACGUUCUUACAAAUUAACACCCAAAUACCAACACCAUAACCACUACUGCUCGCUGUAGGUUUUAGUUAAUAUGCUACCACUAAUGAGACUUUAUAUGGACCAUUUGUAGUUCCCCUUAAAUUUGUACAUCAGCCCUGACCCUUCUCUCAUUGACUGUGCGUAAUAUACUCUGUGGGGACCGAUCCCUCUCUCCUGGGCUGCAGUUAAUAUAUUCGAUGGAAUACAGACACCUCUCUCAUGUGGUAAUAUACUCUGUGAAAUACAGACCCCACUCUCCUGUGUGUAAUAUCUGUGGAUAUUCCCCAUAUAAAGACCACCCUAAAUCUCUUAUACAGCAAAUUCCAGAGACCUCAUGGUACAGAAUAGCAAACACCAUCUGUUCUGUUUAACCCAUUAGACAGCCACACCUUAAUAUGUAUUUGAAUAGGAACAUAUAGAAUAUGCAAUAUUCUACAAAUACAGACCCCUCUCUCCUGGGCUCUGGGUGGAGGAUAAACCGCUCUCUUCUGGUAAUAUACUCCGGUGUAAGAAUCUCUUCCUCCCAGUUUUUCACAUGUACAAAGAGGGACACUUUAAGUUUAGAGGAGUGGUCAGGUGUGAGAGAUCUGGGAGUGGAAUUGUGAGUGGGGGGUGGCCAUGGGCAGAGUGUUCUGACUUUCUAAUAACAAUUUAUAGAACUAAAAUCUAAGUUAGAAGAACAACAAUGUAUCUUAUUUACAGAGACUGAUUUCUAAUCAUAUUGUAGUUUAAAGACACAUUACUGGGAGUAUUAUUGCUGUGGAGCUCUGUUAUAUACUCAGACACAUUACUGGGAGUUUUAUUGCUGUGGGGUUCUGUUAUACACUCACACAUUACGGGGAGUAUUAUUGCUGUGGAGCUCUGUUAUACACUCAGACACAUUACUGGGAGUAUUAUUGCUGUGGAGCUCUGUUAUACACUCACACAUUACUGGGAGUAUUAUUGCUGUGGAGCUCUGUUAUACACUCACACAUUACUGGGAGUAUUAUUACUGUGGAGCUCUGUUAUACACUCGGAUACACUAACAGUGAGGAACUCCUAGAAAAGAGGGUCCCAAAAUAGGCAUUGUCCCUCCUAAAUAGACUCUUGUGAACGUUUUUUACUUUUUUAACUUACUGGUGAUGUCUUCUUCUUAGAUAUGGAAACCGAGGUCACAAUCAGCCUUGUAUCCACGAGGGUUCCCAGCGCUGUUUCAUUACUUCCCAGAACCACGGUUAUGCUGUGGACCCGAGCACGUUGCCAGACGGCUGGUCCGCUUUGUUCACCAAUGCGAAUGACAAGACUAAUGAGGGUAUAGUCCAUGACAGCAAGCCUAUAUUCAGGUGAGUAAUGCAAAUAAAUACAAAGUAAAUUCAGCUUUCGCUAUAAAAGUCGCGUGUUAGACCUACGCGCCCGCCGGCAGGCUUAGCCGUGUAGCAGAUGUCAGGUGGCCAGGAGCAUAUUUUGCCCUGAAAUGUCAUAAACUGCAGUUUGGGAUUUGCAUGAAAGCCUCGGGCUGUUACCUGCUUGUGGCAUUUAGUAAUCUGUGCAUUGUGCGGCCUGUGCUGCAGUAAGUAUCCUCUGUCCUUCCUUCCGCUUGUUAUUGGCUCCAGCUGGUGUCUUCCUCUGUCGUCUCCCCAAUUUCCCUUCAUUACAGAUUAAGUUAAGCACCAAAACCUACACAGAAUUCAGAGUUUAAAAGUACAGCUUUACAUUUUACAAGGCUACUUCAAAUCUCGUAUCUCCGCAAACAAAUCUGGAGGUUCAGUUCCACCGUGUGGAACCACUAUCACUUUAAUGGUUUAGGUUUAAAAAAAUUUGAGUUGCGUUCAUCACAUUCAUUUUGCUUUUUAUAUAUAUAUAUUCACAAUGGGGGGUCCAGUGAUGUAGCGGUGGGCUUAACACAAUAUGGCCGUAUGGUGGAACUGAAUCCCCAUGUUUACCUGGAGAUACGAGAUUUGACGUAGCUUUGUAAAAUGUAAAGCUGUACUUUUAAACUCGGUAUUCUGUGUAGGUUUUGGUCACUACGGCAGCACCAGUCCUGCAGAAUGCUCGUUACAGCUGUGCCCCCAACUCCCUUUUUGUCUUUACUAACAAAACACGUUUGACAUAUGGAAACAGUUGGUAAAGAGGGACCUGACCAAAUGAGCUUACAAUCUAAAAGGAUGUUAGACAAGUACACAGAUGGAAAGGAGGGAAUUCAAUGAAGGGGAAUUGGGGAGACGGCAGAGGAAGGGUGAAAUGGAUGAGUAGCCUUGUAAAAUGUGAAAUUUAUUUUUGUGUACUUAACUUAAUCUGUAAAAUAUAUAUAUAUUACACAUUUUGUUAGACUUGUCUCUUGUUUUACAAUAUUAUAUAUAAUUUUACAGCGCUGCAGUGAGUGUUGGCACUAUAUAAGUAACUGUAAUAGUGUUUGAAGGUUCUGUUUUGACACUGGUUGGGUGUCUUGCAUUAUAACCGUUAAUGUUUCUGGUUUUGUAGUGUUCAAUUCCACCCAGAGCAUUGUGCAGGGCCCAUGGAUCUGGUGUCACUGUUUGAUGUGUUCUUGGAUACCGUACGGGAUGUGAAGGCUGGGGCAGUGGAAGGCAGAACAGGUUAGUGACAGCCACGGUUUAUCUCAAGAAUCUGAUUGUCCUGCUCUGAGUUCCUAAAGUCUUGACUUUUCAUUUUCCACCAGUGAAGCAGCGUUUGAGAGAUCUUCUCACGUACAAACACAACCCGAAUGUUUCUGACCUAGAAAAGUUUCGCCCCCGCAAGGUGCUGAUCCUUGGCUCUGGGGGCCUGUCGAUUGGUCAGGCUGGGGAGUUUGAUUAUUCUGGAUCCCAGGUACAAUUUAGUACUCUAUUUCGGAAUGGCAAACCAUGAUUUUUAUUUCUGUAACAAAUUUUGCAUGUCCCGUAGCUUCCUUCUGUUUGUCAGCAAGUGACUGGUAUUGUGGGGUUUAUCCACCUUGGAAUAGUGAUUUGAUUUACUUUUAGUGGUAUCCCUCUCUUUCAGGCCAUUAAAGCUCUGAAGGAGGAGAACAUACAGACUGUGCUCAUUAAUCCCAACAUUGCCACAGUGCAGACAUCGAAAGGCCUGGCAGACAAAGUGUAUUUCCUGCCACUGACCCACGACUAUGUAACUCAGGUCAGUAUCUCCCUUCCUAGAGAGGCUGGAUGGUAUGCCGUUCUGCAAUGUCAUAACUGAUCCCGCUUCCUUCAGGUGAUAAAGAACGAACGUCCAGAUGGCAUUCUGCUAACGUUCGGUGGUCAAACGGCGCUGAACUGUGGUGUGGAACUGACAAAGCGUGGUAUUCUGGAGAAGUACAAUGUGCGGGUCCUUGGCACUCCAGUGUCCUCUAUAGAAAUGACAGAAGACAGGAAGAUUUUUGUAGAGAAAAUGGAGGAGAUUGGGGAACAUGUGGCCCCUAGUGAGGCUGCCUUCUCCUUGGAGCAGGUAAGAGAACAUGGGCUCGGCGUUGUUAUCUUUGGCAAAUCACAGCAAAUUACUGGUCCCUGAGUGGUUAUUGGGGUGCUAUCAUUGCAUGGUGCACAUUUCUCAUUGCUCUCUCUCCCUUUUAGGCUCAGGCUGCUGCCGAUCGUCUUGGGUAUCCGGUUCUGGUUCGUUCGGCCUAUGCAUUGGGGGGAUUGGGCUCCGGGUUUGCCAACACGAAAGAAGAGCUGACUGCUUUGGUUUGCCAGGCUUUUGCCCACACCACUCAAGUUCUGGUGGACAAAUCUCUGAAGGGCUGGAAGGAAAUUGAGUAUGAGGUUGUGAGAGACGCUUACAACAACUGUGUGACGGUGAGCAGCCACGUGGCGCGUGAUUGGGUCCUGGGAGAGAGGGUACAGAGCCAUUGUGUGUUCUAAUAAAGAAUAAACUUGCAAAGAGAAUGUCAAGUUACGGUGCGGCAAAAAAACAAAACAAUCAUUGUAAAUGUUAAAAGAACACUCCACACCCAUAACCUUGCUAAACAUUUCAAUUGUUUUGUGGUGUCUCUUCUCAUUUUUUUCAAGAGAUAUUAACAUUUAUAUAAAAGCCCUUCGUACUGCCUGCUUUUCUUUAAAAUAACACGAAAGAGAUGAUGCUUUCUGUGAGGGAUUAAAUGCUUUACGAGAAGCAUUCAGUUGGUGCACUACGGUGAUUUCCCUCCCCCCCCCUCCCGGUUUCUCUCUAUGGGGGAGAUUGCACCAAGGAGACUGAAUCACGACUGGAGAAAAGGGUGGCAGGUUUAUACAUUUUAAUUUUAUUUUUAUUCCUAUCUUUUUACAGGUGUGUAACAUGGAGAAUGUGGACCCCCUUGGUAUUCACACUGGGGAGUCCAUUGUGGUGGCUCCAAGUCAGACUCUGAAUGACCAUGAGUAUAACAUGCUGCGUGACACAGCCAUUAAAGUCAUCCAGCACCUGGGCAUCGUAGGCGAAUGCAACAUUCAGUACGCUCUGAAUCCGGAAUCUGAACAGGUAACUAGCAGAGGGUCAGUACAUAACCACACACACAGUGUCUGAGCCGGGGUCAGUACAUAACCACACACACUGUCUGAGCCGGGGGCUGUACGUAACCACACACUGUCUGAGCCGGGGGCUGUACGUAACCACACACUGUCUGAGCCGGGGGCAGUACGUAACCCCACACACAGUGUCUGAGCCGGGGGCAGUACGUAACCCCACACACAGUGUCUGAGCCGGGGGCAGUACGUAACCCCACACACAGUGUCUGAGCCGGGGGCAGUACGUAACCCCACACACAGUGUCUGAGCCGGGGGCAGUACGUAACCCCACACACAGUGUCUGAGCCGGGGGCAGUACGUAACCCCACACACAGUGUCUGAGCCGGGGGCAGUACGUAACCCCACACACACUGUCUGAGCCGGGGGCAGUACGUACGUAACCCCACACACAGUGUCUGAGCCGGGGGCAGUACGUAACCCCACACACAGUGUCUGAGCCGGGGGCAGUACGUAACCCCACACACAGUGUCUGAGCCGGGGGCAGUACGUAACCCCACACACAGUGUCUGAGCCGGGGGCUGUACGUAACCCCCCCCACACACACACACACGCACACUGUCUGAGCCGGGGGCUGUACGUAACCCCCCCCCCCACACACACACACACACGCACACUGUCUGAGCCGGGGGCUGUACAUAACCACACACGGUCUGAGCCGGGGGCUGGCCAGUACAUCAUAACUUCGUACUCUGUGUAACAGCAGUUUGUCUCUACCCUUCCACGUUCAAUCAUGUCUAAAGUAUAUUUAGAGCCACUAAUGGUUUGUGAAUUUUGUCUGAUUUUUGCUUCUUUCCUUGCGCAGUAUUACAUAAUUGAAGUGAAUGCCCGACUGUCACGCAGUUCUGCUCUUGCAAGUAAAGCCACUGGAUACCCUCUGGCAUAUGUGGCCGCCAAGCUGGCACUGGGAAUACCACUGCCCGUUCUCAGGUACUGCACCAGCCAUUGCUACCUUUGGCAACAUAUAACCCAAUUAUUCACAUUUUAAAGUAGCUGAAAUUGAGCUUUUUUCCUUCAUUCUCUGCAGGAAUUCUGUCACUAAUUGCACCACAGCCAACUUUGAGCCUAGUCUGGACUAUUGUGUGGUGAAGAUUCCCCGCUGGGAUCUUAGUAAAUUCCUCCGAGUCAGCACCAAGAUUGGGAGCUCCAUGAAAAGUGUUGGUGAGUGACUGACAUGUGGAGGGGAUCACUCGGUCAAAACACAGGUUGUGUUUCAUUGAACUCCAAGGGAUGGAUUGUUUCAUAGUCACUGCGUUAGUAAAGGUAGCUCACAGAGCUGGGUCACUGCAUUAGUAAAGGCCACUCAGAGCUGGUGUCACUGCAUUGGUAAAGGUCACUCAGAGCUGGGGUCACUGCGUUGGUAAAGGUCGCUCAGAGAGCUGGGGUCACUGCGUUGGUAAAGGUCGCUCAGAGAGCUGGGGUCACUGCGUUGGUAAAGGUCGCUCAGAGAGCUGGGGUCACUGCGUUGGUAAAGGUCGCUCAGAGAGCUGGGGUCGCAGCAUUGGUAAAGGUCGCUCGGUGAGCUGGGGUCGCAGCAUUGGUAAAGGUAGCUCGGUGAGCUGGGUCGCUGCGUUGGUAAAGGUAGCUCGGAGAGCUGGGUCGCUGCGUUGGUAAAGGUAGCUCGGAGAGCUGGGUCGCUGCGUUGGUAAAGGUAGCUCGGAGAGCUGGGUCGCUGCGUUGGUAAAGGUAGCUCGGAUAGCUGGGUCGCUGCGUUGGUAAAGGUAGCUCGGAGAGCUGGGUCGCUGCGUUGGUAAAGGUAGCUCGGAGAGCUGGGGUCGCUGCGUUGGUAAAGGUAGCUCGGAGAGCUGGGGUCGUUGCAUUGGUAAAGGUAGCUCGGUGAGCUGGGUCGCUGCGUUGGUAAAGGUAGCUCGGAGAGCUGGGUCGCUGCGUUGGUAAAGGUAGCUCGGGGAGCUGGGGUCGCUGCGUUGGUAAAGGUAGCUCGGAGAGCUGGGGUCGUUGCAUUGGUAAAGGUAGCUCGGUGAGCUGGGUCGCUGCGUUGGUAAAGGUAGCUCGGAGAGCUGGGUCGCUGCGUUGGUAAAGGUAGCUCGGAGAGCUGGGGUCGCUGCGUUGGUAAAGGUAGCUCGGAGAGCUGGGGUCGUUGCAUUGGUAAAGGUAGCUCGGUGAGCUGGGUCGCUGCGUUGGUAAAGGUAGCUCGGAGAGCUGGGUCGCUGCGUUGGUAAAGGUAGCUCGGAGAGCUGGGGUUUCAUAGUUCUAUUCUCCUGGAGUGUGUCCAUAGGUGUCUUGCAGUAGGACAGCUGGACUCUCAGCACUUGUGUUUUGUAGUUGCACUGUUCUAGAAAAGGUCUAUUUCCAGAAUCAGCCUGACUUGCUAUUUGCUAAUAUCUGUCCUUGUGAUCUCCCUACUUUCUGAAGCGGCUUAUCUGUCUUCUCCUAUUUAGCCCCGGGUUUUAAAGGACCCCUUACUAGCUGUUUUUUUUCUUUCUUAGGUGAGGUGAUGUCUGUUGGAAGAAACUUUGAGGAAGCCUUUCAGAAGGCCCUCCGUAUGGUGGAUGAGAACUGCGUCGGGUUUGAUCACACUGUGAAGUCUGAAUCAGAUGAGGUGAGUAUGCAGACUUGUUUAGUCAAACGUGUUCAGUAAACUCCCCUGAGGUGUGAAAUAACAAGGUGCUCUGUCGUUCAGGAGCUGGAGACUCCCACGGAUAAGAGAAUCUUCGUGCUGGCCGCUGCCCUACGUGCUAGGUACACCAUUGAUCGGCUAUAUGAGCUAACCAAGAUUGACCGCUGGUUCCUGCAUAAAAUGAAGAAUAUAACAGACCAUUUGUCCACCCUGGAGGUUUACCAGGAUGACGAGAAGGACAUGCCUCGCGAUGUGCUUCUUCGAGCGAAGCAGCUGGGGUUCUCUGAUAAGCAGAUUGCUCAGGCUGUGCAGAGGUGAGCGAUCCUUCCUCCCCAGCCGCCUUCUCCUUACUCACUGACGCUCCUUAUCAGGGAGUAAAUUUUGGCGUUUGUGUAGAGGAAGGUCUGUUAUUCCUCCACGGUUCCCACAUAAGUUUCAUACCUCUCAUUGGGUCUGUUGGUGUAGCAGCAGUCAAACAUGUCCUGGUUCUCACUUCGUGUCUUGGAAAGGUUUGUUCCAGUAGCCCACUUGUCUUGGAUUUCCCUGGUUCUCUAGCCUCCGACGCAGACUCUUAGUCUGGGCGACGUCCGAGCCGGCAUGACUUGCUUGGUUUGUGUUACUUUCAUUAUUGAGGUGGGCGGGUACAUAUUUUUGGAGGUUUUGCCACUAGAAACUUACUAUAAGGUGGUUCUCGUUUCUAAGGCAUUGACAUUACUGCUGCACUAAUCAGUCGAGAUAGAUCGAUAUUGAGAUAUUCUGUAAUUUAAGUAACAUUUAAGGGCUGCCAAGUAGCAUGACACGUAUACUUUGAAGGCCUGUGUACAUUUGGCAAAGUUAGUCAUCCUGUUCAGGUAGGAGGCAGUGUAUUAUAAACAGAACUCCUGGCACGGGGGAAAUCUAAAGGUUAGUCCUAACCUUUUUUUAAAAAAACUUUAUUUUAAUUUAGAAUGGUCUAUUGGGCAUUAGCACUUAGGUUCCCCUCCCUUAUAAACCUGCAAAAUAAGCGUUACCUUGCCUACAAUCCAAUGCCGAUAGAAGCUCCCCACAGACUUUCACGCCCCAUCCAAAAUCUCUGCAUCCCUCUCCGUGACCCAUAGAGAAACAUUUGAUUGGAUCAUUCUCACCGGCUUUGUGCAUGUGCACAUUUUGAGCUGGGAGGGAUAGCGAGAAAGGGAAUUAUUAAAUAAAUAACGGUUCAUGUAGGGAGGUGGAAAGGAGAGAUCUACUUGUAGGCGGUGUCCCAUUGCACCCUGCAAUCUUUAUAUAUUUACAUAUAUUUAGGCUGACAUCUCUGUUACGUGUUAUAUGCCCAUCUAUGUAAAAGGCAUUUCUCACCAAGUUUAUUGAUGCUGUCUCUACAAAAUAAGAAUCCAGCAUUGUAUUCUACUUUAGUUAUGCUUUAGAACUUUGGACUUUAUGGACCAGUUGUAAAUCAGCAGAUUGUUUGUUUUUUUUCCUCGCCUUCACUUUUCAUUGUAUUUUUUUUUUUUGGCUUAAUUUGAUCUCAUUUAAAGGAGGCAUUUAAUUUGCUCUUCCUAGAUGCAUGUAACAAUCUCCAUGAAAUAUAAUUUUCCAAGCAGUGCUCGGAAUUAGAGCGAUCCUGUGUCCUUACUUCCUGUUUAGCACAGAGUUAGCUGUCCGCAAGAUGCGCAAGGAAUGGAAUAUCCUUCCGGUGGUAAAGCAGAUUGAUACGGUUGCUGCAGAGUGGCCAGCCCAGACAAACUACUUGUACCUGACGUAUAAUGGUACCGAGCAUGACUUGGAUUUCCAGGAGCCACAUGUCAUGGUGAUUGGAUCUGGCGUUUACCGCAUUGGGAGCAGUGUGGAGUUUGACUGGUGCGCAGUAGGCUGUAUCCAGGAAUUGCGCAAGGUACGUGGCCACAGAUAAGCUGAAUCACUGUCGUGAUGUCCGCUGUUAUCCAGCCUCAUGCUCUCCUCUCUUCUUCCUUCUCCUCUGUGCAGAUGGGCUUUAAGACAAUCAUGGUCAAUUACAACCCAGAGACAGUGAGCACCGAUUACGACAUGUGUGACCGUCUGUACUUUGAUGAAAUGUCCUUUGAGGUGGGUGUGGGAUUGUUUUGCAGCAUAUUUACCUUCCUGCAUUAUCUAGAGUAUCUCUGAACACGGCCCUUUUUUAUAUAUGGACAAAUAGAGGCAGUACGAUCUUUGUGUUCUGCAUUUCCUAAUCCAAUCAGCAUGCGCUUUUAAUUUCUGUGUCAGUCUAUGGAUUGCCUGGGCGUUCUUUGGGCAGGGUAAUAUGCAGAAUAGAAUAAACUCACGGUGGCCCUUCAUCUGAUUUGAAAGGCAGACUUUAUGGUGCUCUCCUCAUUCUAAUCUCCCCUUUAGGUGGUGAUGGAUAUCUAUGAACUGGAAAACCCAGAGGGAAUCAUUCUUUCAAUGGGAGGUCAGCUGCCCAAUAAUAUCGCCAUGUCACUUCACCGCCAGCAAUGCCGCGUGCUGGGAACAUCUCCUGAAGCUAUUGACUCUGCAGAAAACCGCUUCAAGUUCUCUCGUCUGCUGGACACCAUUGGAAUAAGCCAACCCCAGUGGAAGGAGCUGUCUGAUCUGGAGGUAACCAGGGACCCUAUAAGCUGCUGAACUGGUCUAGCACUUAUUGGUUUAAUAAUCUGUUCUUGUCCCCUUUAGUCAGCCUUCCACUUCUGUAGCAGCGUGGGCUACCCAUGCGUGGUGCGUCCAUCCUACGUCCUCAGUGGGGCCGCUAUGAACGUAGCUCAUUGCGAUGUAGACCUGGAGAAGGUUCUGAGCAAUGCUGUGGCUGUUUCCAAGGAGCACCCUGUUGUUAUCUCCAAAUUCAUCCAGGAAGCCAAGGUCUGUAGUAAUCCCAUAACUGGAAGCAAAUUGGCCAUUUCAUUGUUAUUUAAUGGUUAUUUAAUUAUUUGUCCCUCACCAGGAGAUAGAUGUGGAUGCUGUGGCUUGUGAUGGCGUGGUGGUUGCUAUGGCAAUAUGUGAACAUGUAGAAAAUGCUGGGGUGCACUCUGGAGAUGCUACACUCGUGACCCCACCUCAGGACAUCACACCUAAAACUUUGGAGCGGAUCAAAGCCAUUGUCCAUGCGAUUGGAUUGGAGCUCCAGGUCACCGGUCCCUUUAACCUGCAACUUAUAGCGAAGGUACCUGAGCAAGGUGUACUGGGAAAGACAGACCACAGGCGCUAAUACAAAAUAUGUCCCAUGAGUUUUAGUGAACACUGUCGGGUAUAGCAGUUGUCAGUCCACCAGUGUCCUGGAGGAGUCUCUGAAAUGGUCCAUAUACUGCCAUGUCUGCCUUUAUUAUUCAGACCCUUCUCUCCACAGGAUGACCAGCUCAAGGUGAUUGAAUGCAAUGUGAGAGUGUCACGUUCGUUCCCCUUUGUUUCUAAAACCCUGGGGGUGGAUAUGGUGGCUUUGGCCACGCAGGUCAUAAUGGGUGAGGAGGUGGAACCAAUUGGACUUAUGACUGGGACAGGAAUAGUAGGAGUCAAGGUAAGGAAGAAAUUUGCUGUUUCUUCACUAGUUGGUUCUCCGCUCCCUGUCUAUCCCUCUCUUUGCACCAUCUAACCCUCUCCUCAUCCUGUCAGUUGUUGCCCCCUCCCCCCCCCCACCAUUGUAUCUUCUUUCACGCAUUUCCCCGAUGUGUACCGUGUCUUCCACCAAUCCUGUAUUGUCCCUCACAUUUAUCUGUUUGGUGCCCCUUGUGUGUAGGUUCCACAGUUCUCCUUCUCUCGCCUGGCUGGAGCAGAUGUCGUGCUUGGUGUUGAGAUGACCAGUACGGGAGAGGUUGCCUGCUUUGGCGAGAACAGAUACGAGGCUUAUCUGAAGGCAAUGCUGAGCACAGGUUUCAAAAUCCCCCAAAAGAAUAUCCUGCUGACUAUUGGGAGUUACAAGGCGAGUCUCUGAGUGUGCUGGGUUCUGGGGAAGUUUAUUGCCAUUAGCUCAUAUUUCAGGGUUUUAAUAUAUUUCCAUACAUUGAUAUAUAAAGAAUCACUCCAUUAGUUGGUUGUGUUGUGAGUUUCCUUCGGGGCUAUAUAAAAAUGGUUUACAAAACUGCAAAUCUGGUUUAUGUUGCAAGCCCUCUGCUUUUUCAGUCUGUGCCAGCACACUGACCAGUUAUUUAAGAAGUCCUAGCCACUGGCUACAUGUUGGAAAGAAAUGGCUGUCUUCGCUAAACUGAAAUUCAUCUUUAAAUUCAAUAUUUGUGGCCCAAUUAGUAUUGUUUUUCAAGAGAUGGUUUCCAAUCUUUAUAUAUUUACAUAAAUUUAGGCUGACACCUCUGUUACAUGUGAUAUGCACAUCCAUGUAAAAGGCAUUUCUCACCCAGUUUAUUGAUGCUGUCUCUACAGAAUAAGAGUGAGCUCCUGCCAACAGUACGUGCCUUGGAAAGCAUGGGGUACAGUCUGUGUGCCAGCCUGGGCACCGCAGACUUCUACACGGAGCAUGGCAUAAAGGUAAGCCAACAGGCCACCUCCAUUAUUGGCUAUAGAGGCCCCAACCCUUAUCUUCCUCCUUUGCUAAAGAACUCGGCUAUGGAAACAUCUCAGCCUCUCCACGGAACAGGUUUCCAUGUCUUCUCUUCCUUUGUCUUGCUCUCAUUGUAGGUGAAGGCCAUGGACUGGCCCUUUGAGGAGACAGAGAGUGAUGGUCCUCUGAAGGAGAAGCAGAGGAGUAUUAUGGAUCAUCUCUGUGAGAACCACUUUGAUUUGGUCAUCAAUCUGUCCAUGCGCAACUCUGGUGGGCGCAGACUGUCUUCUUUUGUUACCCGUGGAUACCGUGCCCGGAGGCUGGCUGUGGAUUACUCUGUGCCCCUCAUCAUCGAUAUCAAGUGCACAAAGCUCUUUGUAGAGGUCAGUGUUAGAGGAAAUCGCCUGUAAGAGUGUCUGUUACUGAACUUAUAAUAACAGGAGUGUUUAUAUCUCUCCUACUUUACAGAACCACCUGUCACACACACACAUGGAUGUAGUGUAUGAUGAUGUGUGUUGUGAACAGGUACUGUUGACAAUUCCUUUCCUUCUUCUUUUAACAAAACCUAUGUUUAAUUCUUCCCUUGUGUUAAGUUCUGCUUUUGGGUUAUCCUGAGGUGUUUUUUUUUUUCCUUCUUGCUAGGCUCUGCGUCAGAUUGGAUCUUUUCCUCCUGUGAAGACUCACGUAGACUGCAUGACCUCCCAGAAACUAAUUCGGCUGCCAGGUGAGUGUGUGAGGUACUUCCUGUUGGACAAGGUGGGUAUAACACUAAUGUCACCUGGAUAAAGCUCCAGGUCGCUGGCUGCAUAGAGGGGAAAUGUACACAGUUUGGGUAAUUUCUAAACCUUUUUUCAAGUAUUUUCUGCUCUGUGUGUUUUGUAAUCUAUGCAUGAAACUGACUCUGUGUCAACCUCAUUGUCAACCUCUGCUUUAUGGCAGCGGUCAAUUUUAACUCCUCUCUGGUCAGUUUCUGUGUGAUGGUAUGACAUGGGGUACCUGCUCCUUGUCAUCAAUUAAUUACCUCACUAGCCAGGCCUUAAACCUUACUCUCCACAGCAAGCCCUCCAGGGCCAAACCUUACUCUCCACAGCAAGCCCUCCAGGGCCAAACCUUACUCUCCACAGCAAGCCCUCCAGGGCCAAACCUUACUCUCCACAGCAAGCCCUCCAGGGCCAAACCUUACUCUCCACAGCAAGCCCUCCAGGGCCAAACCUUACUCUCCACAGCAAGCCCUCCAGGGCCAAACAUUACCCUCCACAGCAAGCCCUCCAGGGCCAAACCUUACUCUCCACAGCAAGCCCUCCAGGGCCAAACCUUACUCUCCACAGCAAGCCCUCCAGGGCCAAACCUUACUCUCCACAGCAAGCCCUCCAGGGCCAAACCUUACUCUCCACAGCAAGCCCUCCAGGGCCAAACCUUACUCUCCACAGCAAGCCCUCCAGGGCCAAACAUACCUAGAUUACAUCAAGCUGUUUCAAUUUUACAGAAAUGGCUUUCAUCGAAAUACUAAUAUAUCUUAUAUGUUGCCAGAAUUCCUGGGGAUUCACAGGGGGUAAUGACCUUUGGAAGAUAUUUUAAGGGAGGUAGACUAUUCUGGGCUGGGUGGUCGUGAAGCUGCUGCAUGGUGUGCACGUGUCCUUAUUUAGUAGUCUCCAGACACACCAGCCCUUUGUCAAAGUUAGUGGCUGGUUCUAUUGCUAGGGAAGUGCAUGUGCUGCAAAGUUCCUACAUGCACUUCCAGGUCACCCUGCUUUGUGGAAGAGCAUGUGGCCAUAUUCAUCGUUUUUGUGGGGGGUUUAAUUACUGUAAAGGAGCUUCUCUUGAUCGGUGUGACGAGACCAAUCUCGCCACUGUGCAUUGGAGGAGCCUGGUUGCCUGCCUGCUGCCUUUUGAUUAUGGACCGGCAUUUAAACACCCUAUUUUCCUAUGCUGAAAGGUCUAUUCGUGUAUUUCUGCCCUGGCGUUCGGUAGAUUCUCAGAUUUACUGAAUGAACUAAUUUAACGCAGAUAGCUAUGCCAUGGAGCCUAUUCGUGUAAUAAAAGACUUUGGCUCCAUGGCAAUUGAACUGUAUGUGUGUGUGGUCUGAGCGCCAUUCAGUAUUAAUGUGCCCUCAGACCUAAGCUAUCUGGGCAUAUGUUGCAUGUAUAUGUUUUAUGUAGUAAUUGUAACAUUGUGUAUUUUAUUGUAUUUUACUGUCUUUUUACUGCCAUGUGCUUAAUGGAGUUUUGCCUCUGUCCUUGGAGAUAAUUGGAUUACUUCCCAAUUAUCUCCUGGAUAGAAGACUCUUUGGAACUGGUUUUGGGCAGAAAAGCCAUGCUUCAUUUGGUCACAAAGGACUUCGAUCUAUCUUUUGAACCAAUGGACCAAUGUGGUUGAUUUUGACCUAUGUUCGUAUUUGGAGUAUGCUGUUUCUGAAAAUGUAUGAAAUGUGAAUGUGAUGCAUACUUUUAAAGUUAUGAAUAAUGUGGAAAAACUGUAUUUCUCUGCCUGUGAUAAUUACAUUAACCCAUUGUGUAAGGUAAUUUUAUCACAGGCAAAGGGGAGGAUUUUGUGUGGGAGUGUCUGAGUGUAUUGUACGUGUUUAUUGGUUGUUUUCCAAAACCCUGUGGGUGGUACUAAUGUGUAUAUAAGAACAAUAAACCCACAGCUCUGUCUGAUCAUUGCUUUACCCUCAACACGGAGCUUUGUCUUGUUCUUGGGGGGAUUUAUUGAAUGCUGUUCCAGUUCGACUGCUAGGAGUGUAAACCUUUCGUAUGGUUUUUCCUAUUCGGCUGUUUAUAGCAUUGUAGCGGAACCCCUUUUUGGCUGUCCUAUUCCUUUUAUUGAUUGUUGGCCCUGUGCCUGGAGUGCACAAAACUCUAAGUGACUAGGUAUGGUACUACUUUGUUCGGUAUGGGAAUAACAGCUGAUGUGAACCACUAAAAUUCACCAUACGAACAAAGUACCGAAUGAACCGGACCACCCUGAUGUGUAUAAUGGAUCUAUUUACCUCCUUGCUUGCAUUUCAUUCCCUUGUACGCAUGAACCCGCCACCAUUUUAGCAGCCGAACACGUGGCGGCCGCCAUCUUAAAUGCGCGAACAGCGGUGUUUGGUCGUCGAUUGUCUGGAACUGAUCUGGGUGAUUUUUGGAUAUGUUUCUCACCCAGAUCAGGGCUACCAGGGGGUACCCUAUUUAAGGGCAUAUUCCACCUAUUUGGGGUACAUCUGAAAAGUGGGGAAAAAUGUGCUGUGUAUAAUUUUAUUAAAGGCUAAUCUAAGGGGAGGAGAUGUGUGGGAGGUAACGUCGCUGGCAUUGGAUAAUAUACUAAUAGUUGUGCAUCCCUCCCUUGCAUGGGAGAAUCUCAUAGAAGCAGGAAUGUUGCCAUUAAAAGUUCAGUUCUACUCCUGAUACUGUGUGUCGUCCAGUGAUUGGGGAAAGUGAUGGGAUAUUAUUGGAGUGUAAUGCUGAUUGUGCUGAAUAUUCUCUUGGAAUUAUUACUUGUUCCUGCAUCCUCUUAAAGUACUUGGUGGAGUUAAGCUGUGGGAAAUCAGCUCUCCGCUACAAGCAUUCGUAUGUUUGAGAGCAUUCAUAUGCUUCUCCAGUUCGGUGGAUUGGUGUCUACAGUAGCUGCCUGUAUAUCUGGAAGGGAAUAUCUCUUAAAAGAUGUUUAACCCCUUUUAUGCCCGGGGUGCUGUUACAAUCGGUUUCUGUUGAGAUUCUUUUUGUUGAUUUGCUAUACACAUUAUUAUACAGUGUCAUUGUGUCAGAAAAGAAUAAUCCCCUUUUCUUUUGGUUUCUGUUUAGGUUUGAUCGAUGUCCAUGUGCACCUACGAGAGCCUGGAGCUACUCACAAAGAGGACUUUUCUUCGGGCACCGCUGCAGCCCUGGCUGGGGGCGUAACCAUGGUUUGUGCCAUGCCCAACACAAACCCUGCCAUCACAGACAGCAGCUCCUUCUCUCUGGCACAGAAGGUAAGUAGUCAAAGUAUUGCACGUGCAAUGUGCCAGGGACUAGUGUUAAUUUUGGCGUCAGAUUUCAAUUUAUUUUUAGUCAGUCUUUUGAAUAAAAAGCCAUUUUAGUUUGUCUUAUUUUAGCCAUCUGAAUUGUUUUAGUUUUAGUCGACAAAUUUCAAAUGUUAGUUGACAAAAAUUUGACUAAAAUUUAGUCGGCAAAAUUAACACGGCUAAGGACUUGUGUAUUUCAAUAGCAUGUGAACCAUCUGGAUCAUUACAACAUUUCUACUUCAAUGAAAAUCUGUUGUAACUGUAAAAAGGAGCAGAAUUUCGGGCCUAAAAGUUUAAAGCCUUGUUGACCCUUGCUUCUUAAUUUUGUUUUUUUCCUUUCAGUUGGCUGAAGCCGGUGCUCGCUGUGACUUUGCCAUUUUCUUGGGCGCUUCCUCAGAGAAUGCUGGGUCCCUCGCUCCUCUCGCUAGUGCAGCUGCGGGCCUCAAGAUGUAUUUGAACGAUACUUACUCACAACUCAAGAUGGACAACGUAUCUGUUUGGAUGGAGGUCAGUGUAAUGCUGCGCAUAGCAGUCAGCACAUCAUGCAUUUUGGUCAAAAUCUCCAUUUGUAAAUUGUCUUCUGUUGGUAAUAUCUUCCAGUCUGAGACAUUUCCCAAGUGAUCGUGUCAAUAUAUGGUCCCUUGCACAUAGCAUUUUUAAAACAUGCUUAACCAACAUAAUAGCUUCGUAUUCAGAAGCAAACCUUUUAUAGGUCGGCAGUGACUAAAAUGACACAGGACACCAGGGAUCUACCUGUGGGUCACACACUCUCUGUUCUUAUAGGGACAUCAUUAAAACCUAAUAUGGUAACAACGUGGCACAACGACCCCUCUCAUUCACAUUUGUUAGAGCCACGGUCUGCGUAGGACAUUUUUGCCAGACAUGGGAGUUGUGGUCUUAGUAGGAUUUAGUGGAGUCUUCCAAGGUACCAUUAGGGCUAGUUUUUCUAACCCUCAGAUUAUGCUAGCUUCGCCUCUGGUACUUAUCGGUACCCCUAUAUUUUGGACGAACUUAUCCUGGGUUCAAGGGAUUCCUCCAUUUCUAUUGUUAGUGCCACAGUCUGAGUGGGACCACUAGAGGGAAUUACUGGAGCUGUGGUCUGAGUGGGACUAUUAGCGGGACUAGUUAGAGCCACGGUCUGAGUGGGACGUAGAGGGACUUGUUAAAGCCACGGUCUGAGUGGGACGUAGAGGGACUUGUUAAAGCCACGGUCUGAUUGGGAUGUAGAGGGGCUAGUUAGAGCCACGGUCUGAGUGGGAUGUAGAGGGACUUGUUAAAGCCACGGUCUGAGUGGGACGUAGAGGGACUAGUUAAGAGUCGUGGUCUGAAGAGGGACAAGUUCAUUGCUUGACCUGGCUAGUGUUAAUUCCAAGACCAGUUUUUCUCUGGCCCUCACUGUUAUUGACCAUCACUUUUUCCUCUCCCUGCAGCACUUUGAAAAAUGGCCGUCACACUUGCCCAUUGUGGCCCAUGCAGAAGGUCAGACUGUGGCUGCAAUUCUGAUGGUGGCACAGCUUUACCAGCGAUCUGUGCACAUAUGCCACGUGGCAAAGAAGGAAGAGGUACGUUUAGAGAUGCAUGUGGUCUGGUGAGUUUAUGUGGAAAUUAAGUCUUAAUUCUGGUGUUUUGAAUACGAUGACUUUGGAGAUAUGUUUUAAUAAAAUGUUUUCUCAAAGGAUACUUUGUAGUAAAGCGUCUACUGGGCAUCCGCUGUGUACUAAGUGUUUGUUAUUCCCGACAGAUUCUCAUCAUUAAGGCUGCCAAGCAGAAGGGCAUCCAAGUGACGUGUGAGGUGGCCCCUCACCACCUCUUUCUCUGCCUCGAUGACCUGGACCGAAUCGGCCAGACACGGGGACAAGUGCGCCCCAUGUUGGGGACACGGGAGGAUUUAGAAGCAUUGUGGGAAAACUUGGAUAUUAUAGACUGCUUUGCUACAGAUCACGGUAAGUGCUAGUGCUGUGGAAUGGUUGGUAGAGCUGUCCGAUUAUUCAUGUAAUUAUCUGUGGAGUGGCUCUGUAUGAACAGACAGAAUCUCAAUGCAGCCGGUCUCUGGUAACUUAAAACCACGCAUGAAGGAAGCUGUACACGGGAUUUAUGGUGGCCUGGUGCAGGCAGUGCGAGAGAAUGCUGGCUCUUGCAUUAUUCCGAUCGAGGUUUUAUUCGUUUCAUCCUGAGCCGGAAUAGAUUGAAGUUUCCCUGUUACCGAACAUCAGCCAUAACCAGAUCAUUCUCAUUGCACAGAGCAGAAUAAACCAAAUCUUGCAAUAAUGCCCAGAGCCGUCUGUAUUCUACCAUCCACCACCGACACCUUCCCAAAAUCCGAGCGGGCGUGGUGUCCUCCAAUGCAGUAACAUCCCUGCUGCUGAUUCUUAUUAAUCGUGUUAUUUACUAAAGUGAGAAUUGAAAGUGAAAAGGUUAAAAUAACCAAACUGUGAGAAUUCUCCAGCUCAGAGUCUUAUUUGGACAUUAUGCCCUAUACCCACAAUGACGAUAUGUCUGAGACAUCUGCAAGAUGCUGCUCGUAUAAGAACAGUGAUGGAUUUUAUUGUCUGGAUGAGACGAUCUAUUUAAUUCAAAGGAUGCAUUUCAGAUCAUUGGAAUUGCCAUCUUAUCUUCCUUAACCAGAGGGGGAGCCGUGUGUGUUAAUGAAACUAGGUUUCUAAACUCUUAUGUACUAAAAUGGAUUUUAAUAUGUUUCUUAUGUUCUUUUUCCACAGCUCCUCAUUCUGUGGAGGAGAAAGACAGCCCAAAUUCUCCCCCUGGAUACCCCGGUCUUGAGACCAUGCUGCCCCUUCUCCUGACUGCGGUUAGCGAUGGGCGUCUUACCAUGGAUGACCUUAUCAAGCGUCUGUAUGAGAACCCUCGUAAGAUCUUCUCUCUGCCCACUCAAGAGAACACGUACAUUGAAGUGAGUCUGAACAAUGCUGUUCAAAUAGUUGGGUUUUUUUAUCGCUUAUUUCAUUCACUUUCUGUUGCCCCUCCCUCCUCUCUCGCCCCGCCCCGCCCCUCCUCCCUCGCCCUUCCCCCCGCCUCGCCCCUCUUUUUUUUUUUUUUUUAAACACUUUCUGUUGUUAUCUCGUUUGACAGGUUGAUCUGGAGCAUGAGUGGGUUAUACCCCCAAGCAUGCAGUUCACAAAGUCCCACUGGACCCCAUUUUAUGGGAUGAAGGUGAAAGGUGCAGUGCGCAGAGUGGUGUUGCGUGGAGAAGUGGCGUACAUUGAUGGCCAGGUACAAUUUUUCUUUGAUUCUCACUCAGUCCGUUAAAGGUCCACUAUAGGCACCCAGACCACUUCAUUUUAAUGAAGUGGUCUGGGUGCCAGGUCCCCCUAGUUUUAUUCCUGCUGUAAAUUGAGUAAUGCUUUCCUAUGGGUGGGUUUGAAUGUGCAUUCGUGUCCACUCGGGAGCUGACGUAAGCAGGGGAGGAGAGGUCACCAGUGCCGAGGGAGCCUGGCGCUGGAUUAAGGGACGUGGCUGAAGGGGUUUUAACUCCUUCAGCCCAGCGGGAGAGGGGGGACCUAAUAACCCUAUAGUGCAGGAAAACAAGUUUGUUUUCCUGGCACUAUGGGAUCCCUUUAAGUCUGUAUGUUUAGUGGGUGAGACGGUUAUUUGCCAGAAGAACUUGAAUCCUAAUAUUGAGGAUCCCUGGAUUGCCGCUUAACCUCCAGACCAAGAGUUUCUGUACAGGUAAAUACAAUGUAGAGCUCACAUUCCAGGCUGUGUAGAUGGUUACCUAUCUGAGGAUUUUGCAUUUGCUUGAAAUUCGUAGGAUUUGCAGCUUCUGCAAUCCUGGUACAAUCCUUGGAAACACUGAGCGCAUCUCAUUAUAGUGGUCCAUGGAUUAUUUCUUUAUCACAAAACCAUCUCUAAACUGUGUGACUUACCUUACCUUGUCUGUGCACCUGCCCUUCUAUUAAUGCACUCAUUUUGCUCAUGAUUUGACCCCCUCUGGUGCCUGCAGGUUCUCGUUCCCAUGGGUUAUGGGCAGGAUGUGAGGAAAUGGUCACCAACCGUUGCUCCCCAGACCCAGCCAGUGCCCAGCAAAGAACUUCUGAAGGUAAAUUGCCCUCACUUUGUGCUACCUAGCGGAUUAGGAAGCUGAAUGGCGGACUAACAAGAGUGGAGAACCGAAAGCAUGUGACCGCCUCUUUAACCCUUUAGCUAGAUUAAUAGAAGGGAUGUCCGUAAAUGAUUAUAUAAAACUUAUUGCUGAUAAUUAUCCUCACAUAGUUCAGGUAUUAAAGCACUUGAUUAAUAGCCUCUGGCAUCAGGUCCUGUUUAGCAUUGACACACAUUUCCUGCAUGCUAUUUUCAUUAUCAGAGAAACCAAAGUGCUAAAUAAUCCAUAUACAAAACAUUAAUUUCUCUAGACCCCAGUCAAAGCAUGUCUUCAGGAAACGCACAUUCUACUCCUGCGGUCCCUCUUCCUGGCGCCACCACUAUUGUGCUCCAUCAUUACUGUGGCGUCUAGUGAUAAAGUUGGGAUUUCCGACCUUAAACCAUGAGAUUUGAGGCAUGUGAAUGAAUUUCAUAGUUUGUAGAUGUAAACCGAGAUCUAAAUUCUCAUUAUAUGAGGAACCAAAUGGAAUAGCAAUCCAUAAUCUAACAGAGAUCUCCACCCUUCCUUGGUCAUGGAUAUACUUGUUCCCUCAGACCCCAGAACAUCGUCACGUGACAGUACUAAGUGAGACUGUGCGCAGUCGAGCGCCCAGCCCACGUCGAGCAGGUCCAACCGGUGAUGGACGCUUCCACCUGCCACCUAGAAUUCACCGUGCUUCUGACCCAGGAUUGCCAGGUGAGCGUUUGUUAUCACAGUUAGUUGAGAUGGAGUGCCCUACUAAACAUUCCGAUUGUGGGCAGUGCUCAGUAUGGAAGAGAUGGUGUAAAUAGUGCAGGAAAUGCAGUAAUUAUUACAAGUAAAUGGCAUGUUUGUUUAAUUCUGUUUAUAUUGAAGAGAACUUAGGGUGCUAAAGCCUAAUUAUGUCCUUAAUGAAAAGGCUGGACUCAAUUUCUAUGUCAAAGUAUAAACUUAUGGCAAAAUUAAAACCUGUAGAUUGGUGAACUGAUUUGAGUCUCUUAAUAAUUGAACUCCAUAGUUGAUGUUAAAGGGCGUCCAAGAUUUACUUGAACCUUCCACCUAAUGUUGUGUCCUGGUCCACAGCUCCGAGGAAAUUGACGGUGUCGCAGUGUCGUGGGACAGCCACAAAGAUCGGUAACCUCUAUGGGCUGCUCACUAAUCAGGGGUGCACGAUGUCAUGCAAUUUGAUUUUCCAUUGAUUUAGUGGUUAAGGAGUUCACCUACCUUAUGGUGGUUGGAAUUUCUCCCCAUUUAAUGAUCAUUCCAAUCAUGGUUUCCCAAGACAUCAGACUUCUGGGAGGGGGUAGCUAUUGCAAACAGUAACUGCUAGAGACGAACAGCCUGCUACAAGGAUGUUUCUUCAAUCUUGUCAAAAACCUGAACUGGUGCUCGGCCUGGAAGUAGCUGAGAAAGUCAACUGUUUGAUUGUAACUGUGCCGUCACUGUUUCCUGUUUAGCUUUGAUUUCAUCCGGAUUUUUGACCCUACUCUGAUGUUUAAUACUCAUUACCACACAAUUUGAAUUAAUUUGUAAUACUGAUCUUCACUCGUGCUUUGUAUUGUAUUUUAUCAAGAUCAGUUAAUUAUUUGAUUGGAAAAGUUGUUGGAUCAGCGCUUAGUGACCAGUAGGUGAUGAGAGAAUGUGUGGUAGGAGCGAAUAGUCGCCCAUUAUGGUUCCAUCGUUCCUUGGAAGAAAGUCAACCUUAAGCUUUGUAUUUUGGGACGUCCAUAAAAAUCACACACAUAAAGAAAUUACUUCUUGCAACCUUACACAGAGCAUGCUGGAAGUUAGAAUUCUAAUUUUGCCAGAGCAUGGUACAUUGUGUAGAUGCUGCUUACCAGGUUUGUAUUUAGAUUGUGUAUGGUGGAUCUCUUAGGGCUUUGUAUUUUGAUAGUCUAUGUGGACAGGCCAUAUUACACAUUCAUUGGUUGCCUUCAUCCUAAUUAUGUCUUUAGACGUGGACCAAUCAGUAAAUCUGACUUUUGCUGCCUUUUUCUGUUCAGAAUCUGCUCUGUUGGAGUGUCCGGAGCUAAUCCUGGGCUCAGGUACAGUCCUGUAAUAACCAUUUCUGGGCGAUAAUUUGAAUCUGGUGCCUUAUACCUCCUGUGUGCAGCCUCUGCCUCCUUGUAGUUAAUUAAGGAAAACCCUUCAAUGAGCAGCCAGGGAUGGACAUCCAUCUCUUGGUUACGCCUUUUCAACAUUAACCAGCUGGUUAUUUCAAGCAUGUGGAUCGGUAGCCAUACAUAAUGUGGCGAGGGUAACAUCUCACUGCCACCCGCUCGUACUUUCUUCUCUCCUAUAGAGUAUGUAGGCAAAGCUUGGCUGCUUCUUGUUACGUGGUUAUGUGUGAACGAGUCUGGCUGUGAAGCCCAGCUUGCUAUGGGUGCCUAGAUGUGCUGGUUUGGCAGGGGUGAUGUGGUUGUAUUUAUAAAAUUACUGCAAGUCCUGCUGUGCUUAUUUCCCUAGUGGUAGCUUCAUGACUGGGCUGUUUUCCCUGUGUCGAUACCUGCGGUGAUAUUAUCUUAAUAUUUCUGGGCCAUGUCUCCAUACAUGUGUGGGGUGGAUGUACAGGCAUGUUGUUUGUAUGUAUGGACUGAAUUGCAGCACAUGACCUUUAUCUGCAUGUGCUUUGUAAGAUUUGGUGACGUUUUUGUACAAAUUGGGGGCACACAGCUGUUAUCAGUGUGUUUAUAUGGAUUGGAUCCAUGCAUGUAAGGCCUGUGUGGCUUUCAGCAGGGUCUGCUUGUGUAAUAUGAGUGUUUUUAUAUGAACUGUCUGUGCGCGUUGGCUGUGUGUUUAUAUGGACUGGGUCUGUGUGCGCCUGGGCUGUGUGUGUUUAUAUGGACUGGGUUUAUGUGCCCCUGGGCUGUGUGUGUUUAUAUGGACUGGGUCUAUGUGCGCCUGGGCUGUGUGUGUUUAUAUGGACUGGGUCUAUGUGCGCCUGGGCUGUGUGUGUUUAUAUGGACUGGUUCUAUGUGCGCCUGGGCUGUGUGUGUUUAUACGGACUGAGUCUAUGUGCGCCUGGGCUGUGUGUGUGUUUAUAUGGUCUGUGUGCGCCUGGGCUGUGUGUGUUUAUGUGGACUGGGUCUAUGAGCACGUGGGCUGUGGGUGUUUGUAUGGACUGGGUCUGUAUGCGCGUGGGCUGUGUGUGUUUAUAUAGACUGGGUCUGUGCGCCUGGGCUGUGUGUGUUUUUGGACUGGGUCUGUGUGUGCGUGGGCUGUGUGUGUGUUUAUAUAGACUGGGUCUAUGUGCGCCUGGGCUGUGUGUGUUUAUGUGGACUGGGUCUAUGAGCACGUGGGCUGUGGGUGUUUGUAUGGACUGGGUUUAUGAGCGUGUGGGUGCUGUGUGUUUAUAUGGACUGGUCUAUGUGUGUGUGGGCUGUAUAUGUUUUGAAUGGACUUUGUUUAUGAGCACGUGGGCUGUGUGUGUUUGUAUGGACUAGAUCGAUGGGUGUGUGGCUGUGUUUUUUUUUUUUUUUAUGGACUGGAUCUGUGUGUGCGUGGGCUGUGUGUGUUUGUAUGGACUUUGUUUAUGAGCACGUGGGCUGUGUGUGUUUAUAUGGACUAGAUCGAUGGGUAUGUGGACUGGGCUAUGUGUGUUUCUAUGGACUGGGUUUAUGAGAGUGUGGGUGCUGUGUGUUUAUAUGGACUGGUCUAUGUGUGUGUGGGCUGUAUAUGUUUUGUAUGGACUUUGUUUAUGAGCACGUAGGCUGUGUGUGUUUGUAUGGACUAGAUCGAUGGGUGUGUGGCUGUGUUUUUUUUUUGUUUUUUUUUUAUGGACUGGGUCUGUGUGUGCAUGGGCUGAGUUUCUAUGGACUGGGUUUGUUUAUGUGGGCUGUCUGUGUUUUAUAUGGACUGAAACGAUGUGUGCAUGGGCUGGGUCCACGCAUGUCCACUGACCGGUCUGCAUGCUUUGUCUCUGUGGCAGCAGCUGAGGACCAGAAAGAGAAGCUUCCCAAGAAACCCUCGGAAUCAGGUUAUUAUAAACUCCUCAUUUUCGCAGCCUGAGUGGGCACUCAGUAUUUGAGUGACCUGACUAUGUCCUUCAGCUCCUUCACCUUUCCACAACUGUGUGCUUGCUUGGAAGCCAAAUUCUCUGCACGCCUCUCAGCCUCUCCAUCCUUCCCAUGUGCUACUUACCGGCUGAGCUGCUGCAGGUGCUUGUGGACCCCGUUAUAUUGGUCCUUAAUAGUUUGCGGUCACUGAAUGUCUGCAUGAAAAAUCUGACUUGGUAGCUUGAGUUCACAAUCGUUUAGCGAUGAUCUGAUGGCCCUAGAGAUUUAACUUUAAUGGCACAGGCUGUGGUUUGGCAAGGGCUGUCAAUUGCUUUGAGGUUACCACGAAGAGUAAAGUAUUGAGAAAGCCUGCAGUGGUGCCAUGGUUACUCGUGGAUGAGGGGUUUAAUUUUGGUGAGGUUUGGCACACAGUGCAUUGUUUGGUGGAGGGGCGAGGGUUGAUAUCCAUGUUGCUUUUUCACAUGAUGCUUGGUUUGGAGGGUUGAGGGCUUGUGUGUAGGUUGCGGUUUGGUGCAGGGCUGAGGGUUAGUGUAUGAGGUUGAGAUCUGGCACACCGUGCCAGGUUUGGUGCAGGGGUGAGGGUUAAUGUGUAUGUUGAGGUUUGCUGGAGGGGUAAGGGUUAGUGUGUAUGGCUUGGUUUGGUGCAGGGAUAAGGGUUAGUGUGUAUGGCUUGGUUUGGUGCAGGGAUAAGGGUUAUGUGUAUGGCUUGGUGCAGGGGUGAGGGUUAGUGUGUAUGGUUUGGGGCAGGGGUGAGGGUUAGUGUGUAUGUUGAUGUUUAGUGGAGGGGUGAGGGUUGGUGUGUGUAUGAGGGUUGUAUGUUAAGGUUUAGUGGAGCGGUGAAGGUUAGUGUGUAUGACGAGGUCUUGCACACUGUGCUUGGUUUGCAGGGGUGAGGGUUAGUGUGUAUGUUGAGGUUUGAUGGAGGGGUGAGGGUUAGUGUGUAUGGGGUUGAGAUCUGACACACUGUGCUUGGUUUGGAGGGGUGAGGGUUUGUGUGCAUGUUGAGGUUUGGUGGAAGAAUUAGGGUUAGUGUGUAUGUUGAGGUUUGGUGGAGGGGUGAGGGUUAGUGUGUAUGAUGAGGUCUUGCACAUAUUGCUUGGUUUGGUGGAGGGAUUAGGGUUAGUGUGUAUGGGGUUGAGAUCUGGCACACAGUGCUUGGUUUGGUGCAGAGGUGAGUGUGUGCAUGUUGAGGUUUGGUGGAGGGAUUAGGGUUAGUGUGUAUGGGGUUUAGAUCUGGCACACGGUGCUUGGUUUGGUGCAGGGGUGAGGGUUAGUGUGUGUGUUGAGGUUUGAUGGAGGGGUGAGGGUUUGUGAUUUUGGUUUGGCACACAAUGCUUGGUUAGAUGCAUGGAUGAGGGCUAUUGUGCAUGUCUGGCACACUGUUUGGUUUGUUUGAGCGGUGAGGGUUAGUGUGUGUGUUGAGGUUUGAUGGAGGGGUGAGGGUUAGUGUAUAUGUUGAGGUUUAGUGCAGGUGUGAGGUAUGUCAUAUGGUAAAGGGUUUCCUGGAAUAAUGAGGUAUCGUAGAUGUAUUGGUCACAUGGUGCCAUUUGGCAUUGAGUUUUGUUUGGAGACUUUACGGUGGCGAUUAUUACAUGGGAUGUGUGGUGAAUAUUGAUAUUUAUCUGGUGGGAUGUCCAUCACAUUGUUUCUUGUAGUCUCUGGGUUAUUAGCUGUUGAGUUCUCUCAUUGGUCUAUUAAACGGCUGUUUUGUUUCAGAAACUGUAAUAAACCAGGAUGGAUUCCCUUACCCUCCCCCCAUUCCGAGGUUGUCCCCACAGAACAUGUCCAUGCAAAGUGUUCCGCAUGUGCAGACAUCACCUCUCCUGCACCCGCUAAUUGGGCAACAUAUUUUAAGUGUAAAACAGUUCAGCAAAGAUCAGGUGAGUCUCCUGACCGGGGGUGCAGAUUGGCAUGGUGGGCAAGUCCCUGGGGCGGAUUGAACUCGGCUCAGUAAUUGGAUAAUUCAUUCUUAUUCUGUUCCAGAUGUCUCACCUGUUUAACGUGGCUCACACACUCCGUAUGUUGGUGCAGAAGGAGAGGAGUCUGGAGAUCUUAAAGGUGAGUGAGUGGCGGAAACAGGUGUGUAGUACUAACCUUGCACUCACAAUGUACCUGCUAUGUUUUGAUUUACCCAUAAUGCCCCUUGUGAAGAAAUUCCCCUAUUUUGCUUUAAAAUGACAAUUUGUAUUCCCUUCUUUCAUGUUAGCUUUCCCUAUGGCAUUCGGUAGGUAAAACUACCGAAUCGAGACCACCCCGUUGUCCAUUAUGAAUACUUUACCUCCCUGCUUGCUGGGCAUGUUCGACAAAAGUUCUGCACGAAUGGUAUGCACCGCCGCCAUUUCGGGACUUCCACAUGUUCGCGGCCAUUUUAGCUCCCGAACAGCGGUGUUUGCCGUCGAGUGUCUGGAACUGAAAACGGACACUCAAAUAGGCGAACACCGCUGAAUCCUCCAUACCUUCGGUAAAACCCCAUUAAAACUACCGAACGACCGGGUGUUCGGUAGAAAGACUCACUGACAGAUGGGGAGUCAAGCGAACCAGGGAUGGUAGCUGGAUGGCCGUUCGGGAGGUUUUUCAUGCGACCUAAGACCGACUGCAGGGCCAGAAUUCGUGGAACUGUUUUCGGCUACUUUGCCCGAAACUUCUAAGUCCCAUAUCUCCCGAACGGCUGAACCGAAUGGACUGAUUUUUUUUUCAUAUGUUGGUCCCCCAGAGUACAGCUAUCUGGGGUACCUCCAGACUUUGGGGAAAUUCUGUUAUGUUUUAAUUGUUAAAUGGUUAUCUGAGGGGAGGAGAUGUACAGUAUGUAUAUUGUUAGGAUUGGUUGUACAGUUAAUUAUAUGGGAGGCUCCCUUGCAUGGGAAGAAUCCCAUAAAAAGAGAAUGCCUGUCAAUAAACCUUUAGUUCAUCUUUGUACCCUUCUUCUGACUACGUAUGCUGUUUGGGAGUUCGUGUGUUUUACUGUGGGAAUUAUCCAGGGACGCUAUUGGAAUUACACUGGGAUUCGUCUACCAUAACUACCGAACGGAGGGCUAUGUUCACUAGGCUCUGGCGGUUCGGGAGGAAACUACCGAUUGAGAUUUAAAUGCACUUGGUUUCCUUACAACUGGUGGCAAGCGGCGGGAUUCGAAUCCCGAACGGACGUUUUAAACAAGCAAAGGAAUGAAUGGCUCAGCAGUACCGACAGCUUAAGAGAAACACGCUAAAGGAUUUACUGGAAGCUCGAGGCGUAAUAGCAAGCAACAAAACAAAAGCCACGUUAAUUGCGGAGCUGUUACAGGGCGACAGAACCAGCACUACAGAAAUGGAGCGUGAGGAAGAAACUGAAAUGCAGAAAGACAUCAGAUGGAUGCUCAGUUUAUUGGGACCUAACCCAGCAACAGAGGCGGUUCUGCAGGUCAUGGCACAAGCCAGGCAAUCGCAGAAGGAGCGAGAUGACCGUGACAGACCGCUACAGGGGGGUUUGCUGCACUCCCAUUUUGUUGGCUAGAUAUGCAGUUACCCCUGAGGCAUACAGGAAGAAAUUCAGGGAACUGAGGAAAACCGGGAGGGAUACCCAUACUGAAUGGGCAUUCCGGCUACACAGGGCAGCCCGAAAUUGGAUGAAGGGCUGCCAAGCAACCACUCUGGAGGAUGCCUUACAACUCCUCCUAUUAGAACAAUUUUUUUUAACCAUACAGCAGAUGACAUCAAGGACUAGGUGAAAGACAGGAAGCCUAAAUCUGUGGAGGAGGCAGCAAGACUGGCAGAUGAAUACCAGGAUAACCGGAGGCGAGAACAAGGGGUGAGCCGACCUGUGUUUAAACAGUCUUUUUCAGCCCCAACAACGGCUGCACCACCCAGAGCCCCCCUGAGUAAUCCGCCACACAACCCAGCAGCAGCACCCCGACAAGCUGCAGUGUGUCACUACUGCAAACAGCCGGGACACUAUAAAAACCAGUGCCCACGUUUAAACCGGGGAAGCUGGGAAAGGCCGCCACCACAGUCACAACCCAGGGCCGCUGCUCAUUGUGUACAGCAGGAGAGCUACCAGCCGAAGUACUGUUGGGGAAUGAUGUGGGCUGUUUAACUUCCCAACUAGCCCGAGACACAGCGUCCGAAGCCUACCCGGUUACCACCCGAGCUCAAGCCAGACUGGAAGCACCGCCGCACUCGGAGGAAACUCAGGUAGGAGUUGAAAUACCCCCUUUACCCGACCCCCCUUCCCCGUUCUGGGAUACUCCCCAGGGGUUCGAGCAGAUAGCGAGGGGCUCCCUCUCCCCGAUCUGUUAGACCCCUCGCCCUGCAGUAUUGACCAGGUCAGCCUUGGUCAGAACCUACAACCUCUAGAGCGAGGGGAAGCGUCCGGCCUGCUCCGGGAAUACCAGGUCAUGUUUUCUGCCAUCCCAGGCUAUACCUCCGCUGCGGUACACCGGGUAGAAACCCAGGGAGAGACGCCACUGCGGCAGCAACCAUACCGUAUUCCCGAGGCAGUGCGUGAGAGCAUGCUGGCAGAAAUUACCGACAUGCUCAAGUAAGGGGUAAUAGAACCCUCUCAAAGCCCUUGGGCAUCUGCGGUAGUACUAGUACCGAAGCGUGACGGCACCACACGCUUCUGUGUAGACAACCGGAGACUCAACGACCGCACCAUAACGGAUGCAUACCCCAUGCCCAGAAUAGAUGAGUUGCUGGACCGUAUGGCUGGGGGUAAUUACUUGACCACUCUGGAUUUGUGCAAAGGAUACUGGCAGAUCCCCUUGGAGGCUACAGCCAUCCCCAAGUCGGCAUUCGUCACUCCUUUCGGGCUUUACCAGUUCAAGGUUAUGCCCUUUGGAAUGAAGAAUGCCCCGGCUACCUUUCAGCGGAUGGCUGACAGACUCCUGGAGUCUGCAUGUGCGUAUUUAGACGAUAUUGCUGUCUACAGCCGCACAUGGGGAGACCACCUAGGACACGUGUCCAGGGUGCUCGAGAGAAUUCACCAAGCAGGGCUUACGUUAAAACCGGACAUGUGUCACGUUGGUAUGGCUGAGGUACAGUACCUCGGCCACAGGGUAUGGUUAGGUAAACAGCGGCCUGAGCCUGCUAAAAUAGAAGCCAUAGCUAAUUGGCCCCAACCCCGGACUUAGGAACGGCCGGCUAUUACCGGAAAUUUGUCCCCGACUAUAGCGCCCUGGCCAAACCCCUCACUGACCUCACCAAAAAGGCCCUUUCCAAACAGGUUACCUGGACCCCAGAGUGCGCGGCAGCCUUCCAGAAACUGAAAGCAGCAUUGAGUGAGGCUCCUGUGUUGGCAGCACCCGACUACUCUAAACAAUUUCUUGUCCACACAGGUGCCUCCAUGUUUGGUCUGGGAGCCGUGUUAAGCCAGUGUCAGGAUUACUGUUUGAUCCAGCACGUAGAACUGUACAGCACGGAUGACAAAUAAGUAACGUAUUACCGGUCCUUAGAAUGGCCGGAUUUAACGUACAAAGAAUAGUCAAAAAUACUAGCCGAGGUCAGGAAACAGAAAGGGACACAGCGAUGAGGAAAGCCAGGAGUCAGGAUACCAGAAUAUAGAGAAGUCAAUAAACAAAGCCAAAGUCAAAACCAGGUAGAAAACUAUAAACAGGAACGCGCUCUCAGACAACCACAAGGGAAACCACGACAGGGCACUGAGCAGGCUGAGAACUGGGCCUAAAUACCCCUCCUUUAGUUCUGAUAGGCUGUAACCGGCCUUUGACCCCAAAGUCAGUUACCAGGUUUCAUUUGCAUAAUUGCUGCUCAGCAUUAACCCUUCUGUGGAUUAGGUUGCUGCUUGGCACAACUUUUCCUGUGUGGACAGUAAAUGUCAUUAACCACACUUCUAUAAGCGGAUGAAUACGUGACAUUACCCCCCCACCUGAAGAACGCCCACCGGGCGGACAGGACCAGACUUGAGAGGAAAUUUAGCAUGAAAAGCGCGGAUCUUACGGCCCGCAUGCAGGUCAGGAGCCGAAACCCAAGAACGAUCAGCAGGACCGUAACCUUUCCAAACAACCAAGUACUGUAAAGUGCCCCGAGAAAACCUAGAAUCCACUAUAGAAGAUACCUCAUACUCUUCCUGACCACCCACCACCACCGGAGGGGGAGGAACACAAGGAACAGUAUAUCUAUUGCAGACAAGAGGUUUGAGUAAGGACACAUGAAAAGUGUUGGGAAUCCCUAAAGAUGCAGGAAGAGCCGGAGAGUAAGACACUGGAUUGAUCCUACGAAGCACUCUAUAGGGACCAAGGAAUCUGGGGGCAAACUUCAUGCUAGGGACCUUAAGCUUGAUGUUGCGAGAUGACAACCAAACCCUGUCCCCCACUUGGUACACCGGGUUGGCACUCCUACGCUUAUCAGCAAAAUGUUUGAAGCGCUCAGCAGCAGCCCCUAGAGCAGUUUGAACCUUAACCCAGGUAUCCCGAAUGGAGGCCAGACGCUCAUCCAGAGCAGGAAUGGCAGUAUCAGAAAAUACCGCAGGGAGAACCGUAGGAUGCCUACCAUUAUUGACAAAAAAUGGACUGUGCCCAGAGGAGUCAUGAACAGCAUUGUUUCUAGCGAACUCUGCCCACGGGAGUAGUUCGGAGCAAUUGUCUUGUGUGCUAUUAAUAAAACACAAAUAAACUUCUAAUGACUGGUUAGCCCUCUCAGCUGUACCAUUGGUCUGUGGAUGGUAGGAGGAGGAGGAGAAGGAGAGAUCAAUCCCCAAUUGUUUACUGAACGCCCUCCAGAACCUGGACACAAACUGAGAGCCCAUAUCAGACACAAUAUUGUGGGGGAUGCCAUGCAAACGGACAAUUUCACGUAUGAAAAUUAGGACCAAAUCUUGCGAAGAUGGCAACUUCUUGAGAGGAAUGAAGUGAGCCAUCUUAGAAAAUCGGUCUACAACCAUGAGAAUAGUAGUGAACCCAGCAGAGCUAGGAAGCUCAAAAAUAAAGUCUAUGGAUAAGUGGGACCAUGGAAUCUCAGGAACAGGAAGAGGCUGCAACAGGCCACAAGGAAGUGCAUGAGUCACCUUAGAAACUGCACACACAGAACAUGCCUGCACAUACUCCUUUACAUCUUUCCUGAGUGAAUCCCACCAAAAUGAUCUAGUGAUCGCGGCAGUGGACUUAUUGAUGCCCGGGUGUCCAGCAGUUAUAUUGUAAUGGAACACUUUCAUGAUAUUAACACUUUCACAUAGGGGAACGAACAGUUUAUCGCACGGUUUACCACUGGGCGUCUGAGACUGGACCUCCAGUAUGGUGCCAAGCAGUGGAGAAGACAGUGAGAGGACAGUAGUGGCAAUAAUACACUCUGGUGGAAUAAUAGGAGAUGUCACCUGUUCCGGAGCUGACUCAUUAUCAAAUUGCCUGGACAAGGCAUCAGCCUUGGUAUUUUUAGAACCAGGUCUAUAAGUAAUGAGAAAGUUAAAACGUGAAAGGAACAGUGACCAUCUAGCCUGUCUGGAAGACAAACGUUUGGCAUCCCCUAUAUAUAUGCCAGAUUUUUGUGGUCGGUUAUGAUCAACAGGGGGUCCUUGGAACCCUCCAAAAGAUGUCGCCACUCCUUGAGGGCAAGAAUAAUGGCCAACAGUUCCCUAUUGCCAAUAUCAUAGUUGCGCUCAGCAGGAGACAUCUUUCUGGAGAAGUAGCCACAAGGAUGCAAUGGUGUUCCCUGGCUUUCUCUCUGAGAGAGAACAGCCCCUACCCCUGUCUCGGAUGCAUCAACCUCCAAUAUAAAAGGUUUACUGGUGUCAGGAUGUUUUAGUAUGUCCGCAGAGGCAAAUCUUUGUUUAAGAGUCUCAAAAGCAUUCACAGCCUCUUUGGACCAUACCGUGCUACUAACCCCUUUGCGAGUCAUAUUUGUGAUUGGGGCUAUUACAGAAGAAAAUCCCUUGAUGAAUCUUCUGUAAUAGUUGGCAAAACCAAUAAACCUUUGAAUGGCUUUUAAACCAGAGGGUAAUGGCCAGUGUAGUACAGCCUCUAGUUUUUUAGGAUCCAUUUGAAAUCCCGAUGCAGAGAUGUUGUAACCCAAAAAGUGGACUUAAAGGACCACUCUAGGCACCCAGACCACUUCAGCUUAAUGAAGUGGUCUGGGUGCCAGGUCCUUCUAGGGUUAACACAUUUUUUCAUAAUUAUAGCAGUUUCAGUAAUCUUUUUACUUGGAAUGUUUAUGUAGUAUGGCACAUUGUGUCUUUUUGGUUAAGCCUUCCCCCUAAUCCUCUAGUGGCUGUCUCACUGACAGCCACUAGAGGCGCUUGCGUGCUUCUCACUGUGAAAAUCACAGUGAGAGCACGCCAGCGUCCAUAGGAAAGCAUUGUAAAUGCUUUCCUAUGAGACCGGCUGAAUGCGCGCGCAGCUCUUGUCGCGCGUGCGCAUUCAGCCGGCGGGGCAGAUCGGAGGCAGAGAGCUCUCCGCCCAGCGCUGGAAAAAGGUAAGUUUUUACCCCUUUCCCCCUUCCAGAGCUGGGCGGGAGGGGGUCCCUGAGGGUGGGGGCGCCCUCAGGGAACUAUAGUGCCAGGAAAACGAGUAUGUUUUCCUGGCACUAUAGUGGUCCUUUCAGGCUGGUCAAAUAUGCACUUUUCUAAUUUACAAUAAAGUUUAUUUUUCAACAACGUCUGCAGAACCUGUUUCACAUGGGAGUGGUGAGUUUGAAGAUUAGGGGAAUACACCAAAAUAUCGUCCAAAUAAACCAAGACAAAUGAGUAAAUGAAUUCCCUGAGUACAUCAUUUAUAAAGUCUUGGAAUACGGCCGGGGCGUUGCAUAACCCAAAUGGCAUUACCAGAUAUUCAUAGUGUCCACUACGGGUAUUAAAUGCCGUCUUCCACUCAUGAUUCUCUUUAAUUCUAACCAAAUUGUAAGCGCUCCUAAGGUCAAGCUUAGUAAAUACUUUAGCUCCCUGAAGUCUAUCGAACAAUUUGGAAAUGAGUGGAAUAGGGUAUGCAUUUUUUACAGUGAUUUUAUUAAGUGCCCUGUAGUCUAUGCAAGGGCGUAACUCUCCACCCUUUUUCUCAACAAAAAAGAAUCCUGCACCAGCUGGUGAGGAUGACUUUCUUAUGUGCCCUUUGCUCAAGGGUUCUUUGAUGUAUUCCUCCAUUAUUUUACUCUCCUGGGGAGAUAAGGCAUAAACUGCCCCCUUAGGUGGCAUAGCGCCUGGGAACAGGUUAAUGGCACAGUCAUAUGCUCUGUGGGGAGGCAAUACAUCGGAUUGAGCCUUGUUAAACACCUCCUGAAGUUCUCGGUAUUGUAUGGGAACUCCAGGAGUUUGGGGAGUGGUAGUGGGAAGGUCAAUAGUAUCCAAUCUCUUUAGUACUGGUUUUAUACAUCUCCCCAUACACUCUUUACCCCAUUCUAAUAUCUCCCCAUUAGCCCAGUCAAUAUAGGGAUUGUGCUUACUCAGCCACGGAAACCCUAAUAUGAUAGGACAUGAUGGAGAAGUAAUAACCUGAAACGUCAUCUCCUCCCUAUGGGAGGCCCCAAUGGAGAUCGUAAUAGGGACAGUUUCGUGGGUUAUAAGCGGUUGUGUGAGUGGUCUACCAUCAAUAGCCUCUACAGCUAGCGGCGUAGGUCUCUCCCUGACCGGUAUCUCAUUACCCCUAAUAAACUGGACAUCAAUAAAAUUUCCAGCAGCACCUGAGUCCAUUAGGGCACUGCAAGAAAACUUCUUGUUAUCAAGGGAAAUAGAUACCUCAAGGAGGAAUCUACUUUUGUUUUUGUUAGAGGACAACUCCAUCACACCUAAGAUCUGUCCCCUUAAGGUUCUUAGGUGCGGAAGUUUUCCGGACGCACUGGACAAUUAGUUAUCAUAUGUCCCUUUCUACCGCAAUAUAGGCAUAACCCCUCCCUUCUCCUAUACUGUUUUUCGGCCUCUGACAGUCUAGUGACCCCCAACUGCAUAGGUUCGGGUUCGGACUGUACAGGGAGGUUAGACAAAACAGGUUUAGAGAAUUGAGGUGCUAGGGACAUAGCCGUACGUCUGGUCUUGCUUCUGGUGACUUCUCUGAGUCUUAACCUAUUAUCAAUAUGCAUGACAAACGUAAUAAAUUCGUUAAGACUCUUAGGUAAUUCUUUAGCGGCUAUCUCAUCUAGUAUAGUCUCUGAGAGACCCUUUUUGAAUGCUGAGAUUAACCCAUUGUUAGUCCAGUCUACCUCGGAAGCUAAGGUACGGAAUUCAAUAGCAUAAUCCGAGAUAGACCGGUUACCUUGUCUGAUGUGCAUUAGGGCAGUGGAGGCGUCAUCCUCUCUACCCAAUGGCUCAAACGUGAGCUUGAAUUCGGCAAGGAAUUCCUGGUAAUUAUGAGCUAUGCUCCGAUUACUCUCCCACAACGGAUUAGCCCAGGCAAGGGCCUUGCCCUUUAAUUGAUUCAUUAGAUAACCAAUUCUUGCUCUGUCCGUGGGGAAUGACCCUGGUGAGGCCUCAAAAUGGUACUCCACCUGAUUAAGAAAACCCCUGCAUUCCUGGAUAUUGCCAUCAAACUGUAGGGAUGGUGAUAAGGAGAUGCUAGGAGUCCUAUUAACAGUGGGUGGAGGUACACAGGGUAGAGGUGCUAUAGGAGGAGACGCUGCAGGCUGCAGAUGCUCCGUUCUAGCGAGAAGCGUACUUAAAGCCUGAGUGAAUUGAUCCAUGCGGUGAUCAUUCUCCUCUUAUUUCCUCUCGCAAGCACCUAUGUGCUGACACAGUUCUACAGGAUCUAUGGCCCUGUCGUAAUGUCAAGAUUACUGUUUGAUCCAGCACGUAGAACUGUACAGCACGGAUGACAAAUAAGUAACGUAUUACCGGUCAUUAGAAUGGCUGGAUUUAACGUACAAAGAAUAGUCAAAAAUACUAGCCGAGGUCAGGGAACACAGAAAGGGACACAGCGAUGAGGAAAGCCAGGAGUCAGGAUACCAGAAUAUAGAGAAGUCAAUAAACAAAGCCAAAGUCAAAAACCAGGUAGAAAACUAUAAACAGGAACGCGCUCUCGGACAACCACAAGGGAAACCACGACAGGGCACUGAGCAGGCUGAGAACUGGGCCUAAAUACCCCUCCUUUAGUUCUGAUAGGCUGUAACCGGCCUUUGACCCCAAAGUCAGUUACCAGGUUUCAUUUGCAUAAUUGCUGCUCAGCAUUAACCCUUCUGUGGAUUAGGUUGCUGCUCGGCACAACUUUUCCUGUGUGGACAGUAAAUGUCAUUAACCACAUUUCUAUAAGCGGAUGAAUACGUGACAGCCAGGUGGGAGACGACGGCAUGGAACACCCGGUGGCCUAUCUCAGCCGUAACCUUUUGCCCCGGGAGGUCAGCUAUGCCACCGUGGAGAAGGAGUGCCUAGCCCUGGUGUGGGCGCUUAAGAAACUCCAACCUUAUUUGUACGGCCGGCCAUUUACUCUGAUGACCGACCACAACCUGUUGGUGUGGUUAAACCGGGUGGCUGGCGACAACCCCAGACUCUUACGGUGGAGCCUAGCUCUUCAACCGUACAACUUCAUCAUGCAGUACCGUCCGGGCAAACAAAAUGGUAAUGCAGAUGGUUUGUCCCGUCAAACAGAACUGGAUGUUUAACUGAGACCUUUCUUUUUUUCCCUCGGACAUCCCCAAGCCAACCCAUCAGGGUCUUGGCGGGUAUGCCGACCUAUGGACUUAUAGGGGAGCAGUGUGAAGAAAUUCCCCUAUUUUGCUUUAAAAUGACAAUUUGUAUUCCCUUCUUUCAUGUUAGCUUUCCCUAUGGCAUUCGGUAGGUAAAACUACCGAAUCAAGACCACCCCGUUGUCCAUUAUGAAUACUUUACCUCCCUGCUUGCUGGGCAUGUUCGACAAAAGUUCUGCACGAACGGUAUGCACCGCCACCAUUUCGGGACUUCCACGUGUUCGCGGCCAUUUUAGCUCCCGAACAGCGGUGUUUGCCGUCGAGUGUCUGGAACUGAAAACGGACACUCAAAUAGGCGAACACCGCUGAAUCCUCCAUACCUUUGGUAAAACCCCAUUAAAACUACCGAACGACCGGGUGUUCGGUAGAAAGACUCUCACUGACAGAUGCGAACCAGGGAUGGUAGCUGGAUGGCCGUUCGGGAGGUUUUUCAUGCGACCUAAGACCGACUGCAGGGCCAGAAUUCGUGGAACUGUUUUUGGCUACUUUGCCCGAAACUUCUAAGUCCCAUAUCUCCCGAACGGCUGAACCGAAUGGACUGAUUUUUUUUUCAUAUGUUGGUCCCCCAGAGUACAGCUAUCUGGGGUACCUCCAGACUUUGGGGAAAUUCUGUUAUGUUUUAAUUGUUAAAUGGUUAUCUGAGGGGAGGAGAUGUACAGUAUGUAUAUUGUUAGGAUUGGUUGUACAGUUAAUUAUAUGGGAGGCUCCCUUGCAUGGGCAGAAUCCCAUAAAAAGAGAAUGCCUGUCAAUAAAUCCUUAGUUCAUCUUUGUACCCUUCUUCUGACUACGUAUGCUGUUUGGGAGUUCGUGUGUUUUACUGAGGGAAUUAUCCAGGGACACUAUUGGAACUACACUGGGAUUCGUCUACCAUAACUACCGAACGGAGGGCUAUGUUCACUGGGCCCUGGCGGUUCGGGAGGAAGCUACCGAUUGAGGUUUAAAUGUACUUGGUUUCCUUACACCCCUGCAUUGUUAGCCAGUGUUAUGCCAACUUCCCAUAAUAAAAACUGUUCUAUUAACCUACCUUCCCAUAGUAGGUAGGUGUUCUAUUAACCCUGACCCCCAUUUCUCUCUCUCUGUAAUACGCUGGUUCUGAUCCUGUUUUCUGCCCUUAGGGGAAGGUAAUGGCCUCUAUGUUCUUUGAGGCCAGCACACGGACCAGCAGUUCCUUUGCAGCGGCCAUGCAACGCCUUGGGGGUUCGGUCAUCUCCUUUUCCGAGUCCACGUCGUCUUCUCAGAAAGGAGAAUCACUGACAGACUCGGUGCAGACCAUGAGCUGCUACGCCGAUGUGCUGGUACUGAGGCACCCACAACCUGGUGCUGUGGAGGUAUGACUGUUAUUGGCCUGACUCGUUCUACGCUCUUGUGUAGUAAAAUGUUUGACAGAAAGUGCUGUCACUCUCUCCACCCACGUUCCCUCGGGUAUGGAGUUUGUGUAAUCCAGGACGGAUGUACCAGGCCUUUCUAACUCUGUGACGGUAUAAAUCCACUUGUCCUUUGUCUAGUCUCCUUAGUAAAUCGUGCCUAUCGUCAUUAAACUGUAACUUGUUGUGUUUCACUUAUCAGCUGGCAGCCAAACAUUGCCGGAAACCAGUGAUUAAUGCUGGGGAUGGUGUUGGUGAGCACCCCACACAGGCUUUGCUUGAUAUCUUCACCAUCAGAGAAGAGUUGGGAACAGUCAAUGGAAUGACGGUAAGUGAACUUGUUAAGUAGAAGGUAGUUUCUGCUGACAGCAGCCUGGAGGUCUCUCUAAUUUCUCCCAACAUUAGUUCCACGGCUGGUGGUCUCUGGGAUAGACUGGGAAGCAAUGUUAUGGGGAGUGAGUGGGGCAAUAAAUUCCACAGGGGAGAUUGACUUUAAUAUUCUUUAUCCAGAUAACGAUGGUUGGGGAUUUAAAACACGGCCGCACUGUUCACUCCCUUGCCUGCCUUUUGACUCAGUACCGUGUCAACCUGCGAUAUGUUACCCCGCGCAGCCUGCGGAUGCCCUCAAAGAUCAUACACUUUGUGGCUUCUAAAGGAAUUAAACAGGUAAGAAACCCCUUCCACUGCCACGUCGUGUAACGUGCGCGUUGUCUCCCCGGCUGCUGGGGCUCUAACGUGUCUUUCUCACUCAUACAGGAAGAGUUUGACAGCAUUGAGGAGGCCCUGCCCGAUACUGAUGUGGUGUAUAUGACUCGGAUACAGAAGGAGCGCUUCGAGUCCCAGGAGGAGUAUGAAAAUGUAAAUAUCAAAUAACCAAUGCCUCCACAGGGGGCCUGUAUUAGGAUGGAUCCGCAUCUUGACAGUCGCAUUAUCUGUUUAGUUGUGUUUUAAUAUGUAUUUAGUGGAUUUUUUUUUUGAUUUUUUUUUAUAUUUAUUUAAUAGCAUAUUUUAGAGGUUUUAUUGGUCUCACAAUCUCUGGGGUAACAUAAGGAAGUACUGUUUAUUCACAGGAGGAAUAUAUUGAGAUCCCCUGUGGGAGUGUGCUGCUCAGAUAGUGAGGGUUAUAGGAGGUGUGAGGAGCUGCAGUGAGCGUGCUGCUCAGGUAGUGUGUGUUAUAGGAGGUGUGAGGAGUUGCAGUGAGCGUGCUGCUCAGGUAGUGUGUGUUAUAGGAGGUGUGAGUGUGUUGCUCAGGUAGUGUGAGUUAUAGGAGGUGUGGGGAGCUGCAGUGAGCAUGCUGCUCAGGUAGUGUGGGUUAUAGGAGGUGUGGGGAGCUGCAGUGAGUGUGCUGCUCAGGUAGUGUGCGUUAUAGGAGGUGUGGGGAGCUGCAGUGAAUGUGCUGCUCCGGUAGUGUGGGUUAUAGGAGGUGUGGGGAGCUGCAGUGAGCGUGCUGCUCAGGUAGUGUGUGUUAUAGGAGGUUUGGGGAGCUGGAGUAGUCACAUUGCAGGCUGCAAAGUGAGCUUAAAGGGGCGCUAUAGUCAUCAGAACAACUGCAGCUUAUUGUGUUUGUUCUGAGUAUAAUCAUUCCUUUCAGGCUUUUUGCAGAUAAAAUGCUGUGUUUACAUUACAGUCUAGGGAUACUUCCCCUGGCCACCACUCAGAUGGCUGCUAGAGGUGCUUCCUGGGGCAGUGCUGCACAGUGUGACUGCCAUUGAGUCAAUGUAUCUCUGAGGAGAUGCUGAUUGGCCAGGACUGUGUUUGGUUUGUGCUGGCUCUGCUCCUGAUCUGCCUCCUUGACAGUCUUGGCCAAUCCAAUGUUUUCCUAUGUGAAAACAUUGUAAAUGGCUCAGAACACGUCUGAUGAUGUCAGCCAAGCAGACAGAUUAGGGGCAGAACCAGCAACUGCAGACUGGAAUAAAGGUAAGAUUUUACUAAAUUUAGAGUGUUCCUUUAAGUAGUUUGUCGUUUUGUUAGGAGUUGUGUAUAGCACAUGUUGUUGAAAUACUAAUUUAGAAAGUUUCCUUGAUAAAAUAGAAGUUGUUUUGCAGUUCGUCGAUCUUCCCAUCUGUAAUUAUCCUAUGUUCCCUUCUCAGUGUUUUGGGCAGUUUAUCCUCACACCACAUAUUAUGACCAGGGCUAAGAAGAAGAUGGUGGUCAUGCAUCCAAUGCCACGUGUCAAUGAGAUCAGGUAAGGAGACAAAAAGGGAGAACAUUGAAUGGGAUGAAUGAUAUAGCUUGGAGGAAAGACGAGACAGGGGGGAUAGGAUAGAAACAUUUAAAUAUAUAAAGGGAAUCAACACAGUAAAGGAGGAGACUAUAUUUAAAAGAAGAAAAACUACCACAACAAGAGGACAUAGUCUUAAAUUAGAGGGACAAAGGUUUAAAAAUAAUAUCAGGAAGUAUUACUUUACUGAGAGGGUAGUGGAUGCAUGGAAUAGCCUUCCAGCUGAAGUGGUAGAGGUUAACACAGUAAAGGAGUUUAAGCAUGCGUGGGAUAGGCAUAAGGCUAUCCUAACUAUAAGAUAAGGCUAGGGACUAAUGAAAGUAUUUAGAAAAUUGGGCAGACUAGAUGGGCCAAAUGGUUCUUAUCUGCUGUCACAUUCUAUGUUUCUAUGAUGAGAAAAGGUAAAGAAUAGGACGAGGUGGAGAUGGCAGAUUGGUAAAAAGAUCAAGAGAGGACACAGGAGAUAUGGAAAAUGUGUCAUGGGGGAGGUUGCAGCAUGAGUAGGUUUAGAAGCGGCGGCACAGGUGAAGAAAUGCUAGACUUUGUUAAGGGGACAGGCUGGGGUGGAUGGAAAAUGUGUCUUGUGUGGGAAUUGACAUUAUGCAGGGUGUUCAUAGGGUUGUGAGUAGGAGCAUGUUAAUCAUGCAUUUCUCUUUCCUCAGUUUGGAAGUAGAUUCAGACCCCCGUGCCGCAUACUUUCGCCAAGCUGAAAAUGGCAUGUUCGUCCGAAUGGCUCUCUUGGCCACAGUGCUUGGCAAAUACUGAGUAUGGACAUCUCAAGCAAUCCAUGAACUGGACCAAACCACUCCAUGCACUAGUAGGGGUUAGAGCUGCAAAUUAAGAGAUAAAUCGCUCAAUCAUUCUUGUUUGGAAUCUCCCCUCUUUGCUAACCGAGUAGUAAUGUGCACGAAAAAGGAUCCUUGUUAUAUCACCAUAUACAGGAGUGUCCCAGCUACUCUCUGCUCAUCCUGACUGUACUAUCUCCAUCUGUUAUUUUACCCUGAACAAAAGCAAUGGCUAAUGUAUUCCACAGCCCAAUCCAUCCUAACUGUAUGAUUACCAUCCGCCCUGACUAUUAUCCCUAUAAAUUGGAUGUUUCACAUGAGUGUUAAUGGGGAUUCAUUCUUAUUGUUACCUAGGUUAGGGCCCCCCUCCUUUCCAUUCUGGAGGUUCAUUGUUGAGCAGUUCACUUCCUGCAUGUUGGAUUCAGAUGAGAUUUCUUAACCAGGUGUGGGUGGCUCGCAGAGACUCUUCGAGUCAUAAACUCUACAUUGAGCUGCACUGGUUUGGUGGUGAGAUUAUCUGUCAGUUUAACGGGUGAAACGAGAUUAACCAGAGGAGGAGAUCACCAGUGGGCCGAGCACUAAAGACACUUUUAUAUGAAUAUUACCCCGUUUCUAUGGUUAUUUACAAAAUAAUUUUAACUUCACCUUAAACUAUCAUCUGUAAGUUUAAAACUGUCACAAAUGCUGAUCGUUCAUAUAAUCCUAUUCUAAAAUAAGUUUUCUAAGAGCAAGUUUAGAGGUUCAUGGAUCUGAUGGGAUUUUCCUUCAUGAGUUAAUAUCUGCUGGUGAAGCUGCAGUCAUCGCAAGGUUUCCCUGUAACCAGCUUGUUUCUAAACCAAUGAGGACUGCAAAGACACCACCUCCUAGUGGUGCAGAGCAUUCCCUGUACCCAGGUCGGAGGAGGGUAUUUUAAGCCAUCAUGGGUAGGUUCAAAGCUGUAUAAUUGGAUAGGGGUAGCCGAUUUACAGGCUUGGCGGUUGGUAUCAGAGCCAACCAGAUAAGUCUUUGCACUAUUUGUAGGCAGGGUCACAAUCUGCUCGGUUCUCACUUGUAACUACAUAGGUCUGAAUUGAAUUUCAGUCUCUAAUGGUAAGGUCAGUCAGUCAUCUCACUACUAUCAAAUACUGGAAGGGUCUUUACAGUCCUCAUGGGUUGGGUCACAACUUGGUCCUCUCACUGUAAUCAGAUAGGGGUCUUCAUGGGUGGAGUCACUGUUCAGCAUUUUCACUCUCAUUCGAUAAGUGUGAUUGGUCUUUACAUUCCUUGUGGGUGGAGUCACAGUUGAGAAGGCUUAGUUUAACCAGAUAGGGAUGAGGAGUCCUUUAAUCAUUGGUGGGCUCAGUUUCUUUCUGGUUUAUAGUGGAUCAUGCCUUGCUUCUUGCUGCUUUAUUUAAUUAGAUGCUGGUAGAGGAACGAAGGACUGAGAAGAAAGAAAUGCUGCUGGGUUUUUUAUGUCAAUGUGUAGGUCAUGCUUCUGUGAAAUUUUUCUAAAUAAAUGAAAUGCACCCCAUAAAACCUGUCUGAAUCUCCGUGUGAUAAUGCUGGACUCUGGUCUUGCUGUGAUUUGCUGGCCUUUCGGUUAACUGGACAAAGAAAUGCAAAGCUAGAUCACCGAGAGCAGCCAUUCCUUUUAUCUAGAUAUUCUCAGUGAGUCCGAGUGCUGCCCUG